AUGUCGGGUCAGACGCUGACAGAUCGCAUCGCAGCUGCUCAGUACAGCGUUACAGGAUCAGCUGUAGCUAGAGCCGUCUGCAAAGCAACCACACAUGAAGUAAUGGGGCCCAAGAAAAAACACCUGGACUGUAAGCAUCUUUUUAUAUAAGUGGUUCAUGUGUGGAGGGCUAGGGAAUCUUGUGUGGUUCUGUGCUCCUGGGGUCCAUUGCCCUCUGGGUAAUCAGUUUCUUCUGCCAUAAGAAUUAAAUGAAGUGCUUAAAAAAUGAACUUUUUAUUGUAGCAAUAUAACACCUCAGAAACGACUUAGUCCCCUUAUUUUGCUUCAUUUUGACCUUCAGGUUUUAGGACAGGUGCAUGUAUCAGAGAGAGAAUGGAAGGCCUGUGACUGUUUGGAAACUGCAAAAGUAUUCUGGCCAUGCUUUGGGCAAAUGAGUUUAGAUGAGGGUGGAUGUUGACUUGAGUUGCUGUAAUGUGGAGAUUAUCUCUACAGAGAGGUUGGUUUGAUCAUGGCAAAACUGAAUGAUUCUUGUUCAUUGUAAUAGUUCCAUUGUGUAUCGUUAAUGAAGGGUAGGAAAGAUGAAAAUUUUAAAGAAUGUCACAUGCACCACUCAUCCCAAAUGAAAUCGCUGUAGUGCUCUUAGUUGUGUUAUUUUGUGCAGCCAUCCUUAAUUGUGUUAGAUCUUCAUUCUGCACUCAUUUGGCCUUCAUUCUAUAUUGCAGGGAGUUGUAGUCAAAAUGGCUAGACCAUGGUUGGGCCAUCUAAUCCUACUUUAUGGCCCUCAUAUUACAGUUUGUAAUCCUAAAUACUGCGAGCAGCAAAGGACAGAGUAGUUCUGAUCUUCUGUACUCAACACAGCAAAAUAGAAACCUAAACAACACCAGUAGAAAUGAGAAGGUCCACAGACAUCAACCUGCACACAACAUCUCUAGGAACUCCUCCCAUCAUCCGUAAUGAAGUUGCUCAUCAGUACUGCCAUAGAACCCACACAGAGAAGGCACCAACAAUAUACAGUGGUGCCUCGCAAGACGAAAUUAAUCCGUUCCGCGAGAGUCUUCGUCUAGCGGUUUUUUCGUCUUGCGAAGCAAGCCCAUUGACGGAUUAGCGCUAUUAGCGCUAUUAGCGGUUUAGCGGCUAUUAAAGGCUUAAAGGCUUUGGGGAUUAGCUGCUAAAAGGCUAUUAAAGGCUAUUAAAGGCUUAGCAGAUUAGAUAAGGGGGGGGGGGAAGCGAAAAAAUCUCAAGACUCGCAAGGUAUUUUCGUCUUGCGAAGCAAGCCCAUAGGGGAAUUCGUCCUGCGAAGCAACUUCAAAACGGAAAACCCUUUCGUCUAGCGGUUUUUCCGUCUUGCGAGGCAUUCGUCUUGCGGGGCACCACUGUAUGUGAAUGGAAGGGAUACCAUGAUGACAUCACAGGGCCCUGUUACAUCUUCCUGUGCACAUUGCACAGGUGCAUUCUGUAACUGCUGGCUGGGACUGAUGGGAGCUGUGGUCCAAGACAUUUGGGGGGCACCAGGUUAAUGAAGGCUGGGUUAGGAGGACAAGCAAGCACACACACCUGCAGCCACAAGUUCUAGUACAGGGUCAGGAGUUCAGAUGCCUUGGCAGCUGGUGGCAGACUGCAGAUAACUCUUUUAAGAGGGACAAUGUCAUGGUUAAAUGUGUCCCCUUCCAUUCACACUUGCCACACUCUAUAGGGCUGAAGGAGGUAGGAUCUGUAGAGCACAAGCUUCUCAGGGCAAAAUAUUCUGUUGCUGAGAUGGAUAAGUGUUAUGACUCUUCACUUCCUUCUUUAUUGUUGAUUUUGCAUAGCUGUCUGUGCAGGCCCUUCCUUUAAGUAAUGAGCUGUGAUAGAGAGCACUGUACACAAAGUCUUCCAGAUGUACAUUUGUAUCCAAGCAGGUCUCACUAUCUGAACACAAUGCAUUCUCCAAGAAUCGUUUGUUAGGUGAGCGUUCUUUUAAUGAGAAGAUGAUUUCCAUUGAUUCCUAUGGGGGAAUUUUAUCAUGCAUUCCGACCAUGGAAUUCGGACCCCAAAAUGACAAACAAAACAAAAAACAAAAACAAAACUGGGAAACCCAGGACAACCCUCUGAAAAAAGAUUUGUCUGAUUUCUCCCACUUCCCACCAUGGUUUCUGGUGAAACUCCUGCUGCAAACCAGCAAAACAUGAGGCUGCUUAUUUGUUUACAGUACUACACCUAAGUCUGGCUGUUUGGAUAUCUGAAUCUGUGGUGUGUAUAAUGAGGUUUGGGUACUAAUUCCUCAUGUGAAUGUUUCAAUAACAUGUGAAUGUUUCAAUAACAAGUGUUUGGAUAGUGGGACCUGUGUGUGUUUUGAUUCUUUGGGCAGAACAACAUAAAACUUGUGCCAUGCUUGUUAUGUGAUUGGUAUUCAUUUGCUAGGGCUCAUAUAAGUAUAUUAUUAUUAUUAUUAUUAAUUAUAAUAAUAAUAAUAAUUUUGUUAUUAUGGUUAUCUGUCUUCCACAAAUGUCACAAGGCUAUGUAGAAAAUAUGAUAAGAAUGGCUAAAACAGCAUAGAAACUGGCAGAAGAUGAAAUUAAAAACAAUACAAAGCAGAGACCCCUUCAUCCAGCUGGGAAAGCUUGUCAGAACAAAAAAUGACUUUUUUCUGGAAAGUGCAGAUAGUGGGUGUCUGUUGCAUAUUGACAGGAAUGCUGUUUGACAGAACAGGGGGCAGCCACAUUGAAAGCCCUGCUCUAAGUUAUUGUGGAGUGAACUUCUGAUACAUAGGAAGAUGCCUUAUGCCAAGUCAGGACCAUUGGUUUCUCUAAAUCGGCGUUUCCCAAACUUGCAGUCACUGGCAGCCAGAGUGGACAGUAUGGAUUUAGAGCAGUGUUUCCCAAACUUGGGUCUACAGCAGUUUUUUGGACUACAGCUCCCAUCAUCCCUAGCUAGAAGGACCAGUGGUCAGGGAUGAUGGGAAUUGUAGUCCAAAAACAGCUAGAGACCCACAUUUGGGCUCUAAAUCCAUACUGUCCACUCUGGCUGCCAGUGACUCUCCAAGUUUUGAGAUAGACUUACCUGGAAAUGGCAGGGUUUAAACCUGGGAUCUCCUGCAUAUAAGGCAUGCGCUUGGCUCCUGAGCUACAGCUGUUCCCUGUGCCACAUUCUGUUCUCUAAUAUGGGAUGGGUGAGGGAAAUAGGGGUUUGCAUGCCUAUUUCUGGGUCUCCAUUGACUUGAAGUGUGUUUUCUUGUGGUGCUGAUAGCAUUAUGAAAUCUCUAGAAGUGAGACUAAAUUAUGCAUUUUCCUAGAAUAGUACAACACUUCUCACCAUGCCCCUGACUCCAGCCAGACUUUCUCUGUGCAGCAUAGGGUCAUGCUGGUGUAAAUUCACUACACUGGCAUAGCAUCACCUUCUCUGGGUGCAGCGGAAUAUGCAGUAGCAAUCCUAUCCUCACUUAGCAGAAUAGGAUUGCACUGUUACUCUUUGGCAUCCAACUGGGUUUUGUUUAGCUCCCUUGAUGUAAUCACUUUGUAUAGAAAAGCUGCAUAGUUUAAUGAUUAGCCUGACAUUGUUUAAAAACUUCAAAUAUUGAACCUAAAAACCAGGGGCAUAGUAGAAAUAGUGACCACAUCCUCUUUUUUUGCACCUGCAGAUCUGUUUAGAGACAGAGGUAAUUGAAAUUGCCAGCUGACAACCUUAUAGGCAGUGAUUGAUGCAUUGGGACUUAACCUUUCCUGGCUAUUGUCUGACUAUCAGACCACAUUUCACGGUAACUACAUUAUAUUAGGAAUCCAAAAGGCAGGAUAAUGUAAUCUUUUAAGCAACUCCAUCUAGCCUUAUUGUCGUGACCUUUUUAACAUAUAAACAUGCAAACAUGGUGACAUGUGAAGUUAAGUUUCCAUCCCUAAUCUUCUUGGCCUGAUAUGUGAAGAUAAUAAGCUUCUCCCACCCAACCAUCCACACAUGUUCGCUGUGAUUUUUAAUUGGAAAGAAAUUUUACUGAAUUCAGUGAAAAAUGUGAAUAAUUAUGCCUAGAUGUGUAGCCUUAGAAAUACUGAGAUGGGUGAGUGGCAAUGCUGUUGGCCCAGGAAUACAUAUUCCCACUUCAUCUGCAUUAAAUAAAUUAAGAUGUAUGUCCUGAAGAUUCAUGUAAUCAGUUACUGCUGUAGAUGUUGGCCAUGCGGUUUUUGGGGUGGGGAGCAAUAUACUUCUGGAGAAAUGAGAUUAACUUUGUAAGUAAGAAGCACAAGGCGGAAUUGUAAUCAAGUUAUGGGGAAAUUUAUGUAUGCUCUUGAACAAACUCCUCUGUUUUGUAAUAGCAAAAAGGAGAAAGACUGGGGAGACGCAUUUGGAGAAUAAUAUUUGUGUUAGGGAUCUUGGAGCUUGCACACUGCUCUUUAAGGCACAGGAGUCAAAAUUGGGAGAAACUACAAAGGUAGCCUCUGCUUUUCUAAUAACAGUAAGGUGGCAGCACCAUUGGGGGUUCAGGUGUGAACAGUGGCAAGGAGCAGGGAACAGUACAGUGUAGUGAAAUAGGACAGGGGCUAAGAAAUCUUGGCUAGCCACCACAUUGCUGAGCUUAUGGGGCCACAGUCGAUGCCUCUUGAGACCCCAGAAUGCCUCACAAGAGAGUGAUGUGUCUACAUUGUGAUUCCAAAAAUGUAAAAUGAUCUUAUUUUUCCUUGUAAUCUAGUCACUGUCCCCUCCUCUUUUUAUUUUUUGCUAUCCUGCUCAUUUUUGCCUUCAAAGGCCAUUUUUAUUUGCUUUUCUCUUUCCCUUGUUUCCUUUUUUUCUUGAUAUACCAGGUUGUUUGAUGUAUAAUGGCCUUGGCUACAAAGUGUAAUAAUGUGGUAUUAAUUAAAAAGGUGGGGAAGGAAAAAGUAUGAUGCCUCUAGGAGCAAAUGUGACUUAAAAUGCGUACCUUGAAGAGGCUUACCUGGUUCUGCCUUUACGAGCAGCAGAAUAUGGGACAGAGUGGGGAGGUUCAGGGUAUUGUCAAUGCCCUGACUUCAAAGGGAAAGUAAACCCAGAUUCUCUGAUAAGUGGAAUGUGGUGUCUUCCAUUUCUAGAUGCUUGAGCAACAUCUGUCCUGCUAUAGUAUGGAUAGUGAAGCAUCUCAAGAGACCUGCUUUGCAACCUAGGGGAAGUUUUUUUCUUUUUUAAAGGUACCUGUCUUUUUAAUAGUUCUAAAUCAUAUAGCAUCUUUCCACAUUAGAAAUAUGGGGAAAGAUGCUAUAUGACUUAGGGCUAUUAAAAGUGGCUGAAUGUGAUAGUUCAGAAAAGCACCAAUGCCACUGGGGAAAGAGACAGACAUGUUUAAACUUAGAGUGGUGAUGGGAAAUCUGAGACUUGCAUUCCUCCCCUCCCCUUUUUAAGUAAACACAAGCAGGGUCCUAAAUGUGCAUAUAGUAAUUUGUGACCCUCUACAACUUUUUUAUGUGUGCCCUAGUUUUUGUUUUUGCAUUCCAUGGUUUGGAACAUGUUUCUCAGAAAACAGUCCUUCAGAAGUUGAAUUUUAAUGGUUGCUGGCUGUUGUGCUGGAGAAGGCAAGUAAAUAAUAGAAUGAAUGUACAUGUGGCAGAAGGCACACUACUGGGAUUUCCACAGUAACUCUCCAGAGAUAAGCACUUCCCUUGUAGAGGAAAGAAAUGAGAGCAAAGCAAAUAGGCUGUUAGGCUAGCAUUUUAUGAAUGGUUUACUGUGGGGAUGAGCACGAUUAAUUCAACUAGGUAGACCCCCCCCUUUAAUUUUUUUCAAAAAGAAGAGUUUGGAUUUGAUAUCCCGCUUUAUCACUACCCUAAGGAGUCUCAAAGCGGCUAACAUUCUCCUUUCCCUUCCUCCCCCACAACAAACACUCUGUGAAGUGAGUGAGGCUGAGAGAUUUCAAAGAAGUGUGACUAGCCCAAGGUCACCCAGCAGCUGCAUGUGGAGGAGCGGAGACACGAACCCGGUUCACCAGAUUAUGAGUCCACCGCUCUUAACCAAAAGUAACUGAAGGCAACUUACAGAAAUAUAGCAGAUAGUUUAAGAGCAACAUAAAGCAAAAUCAGAGCAAAAGCUAAAAAUGUACUCAUAUUUAUACAAAAAGAGAGGAUGAGGACACCCCCACUUAAGGAGACCACAGGUAAUUAAAAGGCCUGCUGGAAAAGGAAUGUUUUUGCCUGGCGCCUAAAGAUAGGUAAUGAUGAUGCCUGGCAUGCCUCCCUAGGGAGAGCAUUCCAUUAGUGGGGAUCUGCCACUGAGAAGGCCUGUCAAAACUGUCCACAGCUCCCUCAGAGGGAGCACAUGAUGAAUGCAGCAUCCAUGCUGGUUCGUGUGGGGAAAAUAUUGGGGACCUGAGCCACAUAAGGCUUUAUAGGUCAAAGCCAGUGCCUUUAAUCGAGAGCACAAAAUAAUUAGAAGCCACUGUGGUUAUGCUGCAAUGGGUGUGAUAUGUUCAGAUCAUCUUGCAUUGGUAAACAAUCUGGCUGCUGAAUCUGCACCAGCUGAAGUUUCCAAACUACCCUCUAAGGCAGACAGAGAUGGAUUUAGGGGAGCGUGGCCAGUUUGCUGGCACUGGGCACUGAGUUGAGAAGGUGCCCCAGCGGGCAUCAUAACAGUGAAGAACAGUGGAAGGCAAGAGGCAGUGGGGUGCCUAUGUGUAAGUAGUAAUAGAACCUAGAUGUCUGAAGGGUGAUAUGUUCAGAUCAUCAUUAAGAUAUCUCAAAAUAGAAAACUCUUUAGCAGUGUGGAUCCAAGACGCGACGCACAUUUUUACCCUGGUGUGGAAACAGAGCCACAGUAUGUACCCCUGUUGAAUUUCUAUUUUGAAUCAUUCCCACUGUUCUCUUUCCCUAUUGCAAGUGGAAUCAACAAACUAUGAGCCUUGGCUUGCUGUGAUGACUAAACUGGUGCUCAUGAUUUGUUUUUCUCCAAAUAAACCACAAUCUGGAGUGAAGGUUUCUUACUGGCUUCCUGGUUGUGACUUGUUUGGGAGAAACAAACCUUGGGCACUGGUUCAGAUAUCAUGGUAAGUCAAGGUUUGUGGUUUGUUGCUCCUGCUGUUGCUUGGAGAGGAGUGCAGCAGGAAGGAUUUAGCAGUUUUCUUGUUUGUUGCUUACCAUGUCAUCUUCAUGAUAAUGAUUGCUUAUCUUCAGAAGAAGUCAUAAGCUUGUUGCCCCUGGAUUUACAAAUGGUGGUGGCAGAGUGAUCAAUAAUAAUGUGUGGAGUUUUUUUUGUUGUUGGUUUGUUUUUCUUUUUUAAGAUGCUGAAUUCAAAUUGCUUAGUAAGAUAUUUGGUCAGGGCUAAAUUAUUGAGAUGGCCACUGAAGCAGUAUGAGUAGAUAAUAUCAGUGAUUCAGAUAGCACUUUGAGAAUGAUCACCUGCAUUCUUUCUCUGUAUGCUGUCUGCAAGAAGGAAAGAGGAGGAGGAGGAGGAAGUUGGAGGUUAACUGCAGUUUGAGGAGCAUUUAAAACAUUAAGGAGCAGUUUAGUCAACAUGAUUUCAGUAGUGCAUGUAAUUUCAGAAAUGACGUGGUCUGGGAGUGCCCCCCAAAUUCUACAAUGUAUUCGUUGGUCUGCAUCCAGAUACAAAUGAAAAACAUAUAUGUGUGUGCAUGCAGCUUCUCACACUCUCAAACUUCUAAUUCAUAAAAUCUUUAGAAGCAGUAUGAGAGAUGCUUUUAAAAGAUUAUAGUGGAAAAAAAGCUCCACAUGUGCACAGAAACAAGCUUUCUAGACUCAGGUCUGGACUUUAAUGUUCUAAGCGGAUUGUGAAGCUAAUUGCAAUCCUAAGCAUGUUUACCCUGAAGUAAGUUCCACUAUUCUCCAUAGGACUUGUUUCCUAGGUAGUGUGCUUAGGAUUGUAGCCGAAAUUCACCUUCAUCUAUGAAGAACUUUCUGGUAGUCCUGGGAACAAGCUUUAAAUUAUGUUUGCAGCCAAUCUGAAUUUUGCAACUCUCCAUAAAUUAUACAAAUUGAGUAAAUUUGCAAAAGGUAAUUUAAUUGAUGGUCCUUAGAGGUUUAAUUUGAUAUAGGUCAGAAUUUUAGAGGCGAGAGGUACAAACCAUUAUUUGAGGAGGUAUCAUUUGUCCCAUAAAUGAAACCCAGUUCUUGGGUUCAUUCUUUGUCACAGGAAAGAGUGACCAAGAAGUAGACUCAAGGCUUGGGCUGUGCAGUUCUAGAAAGCACUUGUUGGCCUGUUUUGGAGUAUGUCUCAGCUUACUAAACAGUGAGAUGCAUGGCCUUAAUUUCCUGUUGGGUCUGAAUUGGAAAACCAGAAUAAUUCAGGAUAUCAAAUCAUCUAAAGUUGAUGUUUAAGAUACUGACUUGUUUCAGUCUUGGGAAGCAUAUUUUCCCAGUUCAUACAUAACAGGAAACAUUGGUUAACUGUGGCACGCUGGGAAGGGGUAGUGCAAGGAUGAAAUGCGUACACAAGGCUCUUAAACCGAGAUACAUGCAGCAAUUUAAUUCAGUCGGAAAGAAAGUAAACAAGCUGCAAUCUAGGAUACAGUUCUGGUGUGCAAAUUGGGGAGAGAGAGAUGCCCAUAUUAUCUACCGCUUCAGUAUAUGGAAUGGGCAUUGCCAGCAGGAGCUAGGUCAGUGAUUAACUUCCUUGCACAUGAAUAAAUGGUUAAUAUUCAUUCCUAUAAAACAUGGCAAUUGUAGAAUGGUAGAACCUGCCAUUCUCUGAAACCGGGCAACUAGCCCUCCGUAGAUAAGGAUCCUGAAAAGCAAGGGGUCCUGUGUGUUGUGUGGCAUGCAGGAGCACAGUGUUCAUCCAGAGGCACCUGUAAAACACUUGAUCUCCUUUGGUAGUUCUCUGCUCCUUCCAUCCUUAAUUAUGAGUGUUUCACAUUUUUGUCCCACAAGACUACCUUUCACAUUGGUUCCACUGCGGGUGGCUGCAGUGCAUAGAUGGCGGGUUUCUAGAAGGGACCAAAAAUUGGCUUAAAAGUAAUAAGUACACUUGGUGCCAAGUGUAUUUAAUGUAGUGUGAGAAGCCAUCCUAACUGAAGAGGGAGUCUCCAGGUUGCCAGCCAAAAGCAGGGCAUAGGAUUGAUACAUGAAAUAAUGCAGUUGGCAGGAAAGGUCAGCAUAAGGAGGUUUAGGAGAAGCUUUGCUAAACAAGUGGUUACUGACGAGGGAGCCUGGCUGAUGUAAGCAUUAGGCACUAAAUAAUAGCAUGCACCAAGCAAUACUGCCUUUUUGUAGCUCUCAUGUUGGUUUAGCAUGGAAGGGGCAGCUUCUUUGCAUGCAUUAUUGAGAGAGAGUGCCACUGAAAGCAAUAAUUUGACAAUAUAAGUACCUUCUGUUUGGGGUUCAAGGCAUGUUUCAGUCAUGACACUUUAGGCUGUAAUGGAAACUUGGCUGUCCCUCAUAAAUGAGGUAUGACAUCUAGGAAGAAAACCUAAGUAGAAAAUUUCUGGGAAGCCUUUUUUAAAAAAAAAAAAAAACAACAACAACAACUAAAAUGCCAGUAAUCAAGUUGUCAUUUUUAGAAUAUGAAGAGUUGCUUUAGAGGCCAUAAUCUCAAUGGUUAUAUUUUAAUGGAUAACUGUGAGUGUAUACCUGCUAAUAAUACUUGAAAGUUCUUUCUUUCUGUGUACAAAUGUGGAAGCAUGCAUGGAGCAGCUGGGUCCAGUUGCAUUUCCCCAAUUUUAGGAAAGUAGGGGCAGAAAUGGGUGACAUCUCAACUUGGUACAAUCUUUAAACAUCUGUUUUCUUGAAAAACUUUCAAGACUAAGAGAAAGCCCUUGUCUGUUUUGUAUGAAGAACUCAAGUGCAUUCUUUAAGGAACAAAAUAAAAAAAUUCCUUCCAGUAGCACCUUAGACACCAACUAGGUUUGUUAUUGAUAUGAGCUUUUGUGUGCACGCACGCUUCUUCAGAUACACUGAAACAGAAGUCACCAGACCCUUAAAUAUAGUGAGAGGGUGGGGAGGAGUAUUACUCAGAAGGGUGGUGGGAAUGGGUGGUUGGCUUAGGUGUGCUAAACCUGUUGAUGACUGUUAAAGACUGCUAUUGGUCUUGCAAGAAAAAGCAAGGGGUAAGAUGGCUAAAUCAAGUAUAAUGAGAUAAGAAUCCAAUGUCUCUAUUCAGACCAGUUCUCUCCAUGGUUUUAAGUUUGGUAAUAAGUUGCAGUUGAGCAGCUUCUCUUUCCAGUCUAUUUCUGAAAUUCUUUUGUAAUAUGACAGCUACUUUGACAUCUUGUAUAGAAUGUCCUGGAAGACUGAAGUGUUCUCCUACUGGUUUGGUCUUGUGAUUCCUGAUGUCAGAUUUAUGUCCAUUUAUCCUUUGGCAUAGGGUUUGGCCUGUUUGUCCAGUCCCACCACCCUUCUGAGUAAUACCCCUCCCCACCCUCUCACUAUAUAUAAGGGUCUGGUGACUUCUGUUUCAGUGUAACUGAAGAAGUGUGCAUGCACACAAAAGCUCAUACCAAUAACAAACUUAGUUGGUCUCUAAGGAUCUUGUCUUAGAUCAGGCAGUGAUCAUGUAACCUGGCAAUGUUAAGAGUACACUGUGGUAAUAAGUUCUACAUUGGGGAAGUGUUUACAUGUGAGUUGGUACAUAUGGUUUGAAGCCUUCAUUGCUGAACUCCUGCAAUGCAUGGUGUUAGUUGUGGCCUUUGGAGCCCUAAAUGGCUUAGACUCUGUAGAUUUGGAAGGACAUAUCUGUUGAUAAGACUUUAAUUUGGUUGACCUUGGGAUUAAGUAAACUUUGAUUCCAAAGUCAUUGUUCUGUGUCCAGGCAUACAAAAGCCUAGAUUGUCUUAAAUAGUGCUUACACUGCAGUAGUGUAAUCUUCCAAUUUCCUCCAACAAGCAGGGGGAACUGUAUGCUUCUAGUGCUUAAUACUUCUCUUCUCCUGUUCUUUGGUUGUGUAUAGAUAGCAACAACUUGUAUUUCUGAACUCUUCUAGGGUGUUUAUAAUAUGUAAUUCAAUCAUCAAGUGGAUUAAUUUUUAUUUCAUGGAGACCUAGAAUGGGUGGAGUAGCAUCAUUAGUAGCAGCAUCAUUAGCAACACCAACUAAGUCAGAUUUUGCAGUUAGCCACUUGCCUCAUUAUUUUAUCUGGAACAUUAGUUUGGGCAAGCAUAGCUCACCAAGGUGCCUCACACUAUUAUAAAAACAAAAACAAAUCCUAUCUCAAAACAAUCAAAACUGACAAAGGCAGUAACAUUCACAGUUAUUAAAAGGCCAGUUAAAAACAGGUUAUCAAAAGGAGGUUCAGAAAAGAUGAGCUUGUUAGUGAGUCUAGCCCAUGCAUUGGCAAUGAGAGCAGUGCAUGCUGUGCUCUGUUCUUGCAUAUAGCUGAACUCUUGACAACUACUAGUGUGGUUCGGAUAUGUAUCUGAACUGUUAAGUCAGGCUCAAAGUGAGGCAAGGCUGAGAGAACAACUGGUGCAGUGCAACGUGUUGUACUACUUUUGCAUUCUUGAAGUUCAAACCAUGUCCCACCACUACCACCAUCUUCUGGCUUCAGUGGCAGGACCUAGGGACAAGACAGAAUGAUAAGUGGCCAGCAUGGGGACCUGAUGGUAGACUGCUGCUCCUUGAAUGAGUCCUUAUGAGCUCUCUGACUUUAGAUCUUGUUUGCAAGCAUCACAGUCCUGAUGCUCUUUGAAAAAGGUGCUUCAUACAAAUCAUUAAAGAUGUAUAUUGCGUAUGUCACCUUUUCACCAUCUCUUACAAAUCUUUCCUGCCGGGGAUGGCCACAAGGGGUCUGCAGAAACUAGGCUGCCCGGGGAGUAGAGGUCUUGAUCAUUGUAAGGCCUUUGCUGUUACUUACAGUAUAAAAUGUUGGAAUACUGCCAGUAUAAUUUUAGAGAGAAUAAAUGGGCUGCCAGGUAGUUGCUGGUGUCAUAAUAUGUUAAAUAAUUGUCAUAAUAGCUAAUCUACUGUGUAGGCUUCCUGGUCUAGCUACUUUACAUAUUGAAAAGAAGAAACCCUGUCCCAUCAAAUUUAGUCCAAAUUUAGUUCUUGCUUUUGUCAAAUGACUGCUCCAACCAAAUAAUGCUGCUACUUUUGUAAAUGUGAAGUAAAAACAGAAACUACCAGAAGUACUUUGCAUAAGUUCUCAAUCUCUUUUUACAUUAACCCGCAAGAUAGGCUGGUAUUGUCAUCUACAUAUUACAGACAGAAGAGAUUUUCUGUGACAAAGGUCAGCUAAUAAGAGUCAGUUUGUAUAAGGAGCAGAACCAAGUGUUUAAGCUUUUCCUGCAUUGUACUUUUUUAGUAGGGCUGAGGUUGCAUGUUAGCAUAUUUAUCUCAUGGAAAGAAACUCUCUGCAUGUCAGAUAAUUAGUAUUCCAGCAAGAAAGCUGUGCUGAAUCCCUUUCACUAACGUACCAUUUCUGCAAGAGGGAGUUUUUUCCAUCGCGUUAGCAGGUAGUAGAGAAUCUCUUCUGUCCCUCCCAACUUGUAGUCUGAAGUUGGGACAGUCAUAAAGAAGUUUUGCCACUUGAUUCUGCGUAAUGUAUAAACUGCUUUUCAUAACUCAGUGAUAUUUAAACUGAAACCUAUGUGGCUCAUGGUGCAUUAGUUUAACCAGCACACCAAUUCUCACUCUAAAAAAGGUAGACUCUUCUUCUACUGGCAGAAGAAUAUUUUACAUAGACCUUAUGGACUUGUAGAAAAUGGGGCACAGUUGUUACUUUGAAAACUAUAAGUGAAAUAUUAGCAAGACAUGACUCUGUUCAGAGACCUGACAGCCAAUCAGUAACUAGCUGCAGGUGACUUAACUGUUUUGGACCUUGAGGCAUUUUGCAUUUUGCAUUUCUUCAAGCAUAACUCAUCAGUGUAGCCCCUGCCUGGUUUUUGCUUCAAGUGUUUUACAGUGCUUAUUAAAGGAUGCACAAAUUUUCUGGUGAAAAUAACAUUUCAUUCUAGGUCUGAUAGUUUACCUACUUAGAUCUACAUAGGCGAUGUGUUGCUAACUAGCCUAAACAAAAAUAGAAUGGAAACAAAUGCCAACACUAAAAAUAGAAGCACUGUUUGUCAAAAAUAUAUUAGAGUAAAUGUAUGACACUAUUUCCAUAAAUUUACCUGUGUAAAUUUACAAUGUUUAAAUGAAUAUUUAAGCAGCAUGAAUACCUAAAGCAAAUUAGGCAGGAAAACCAGAAUAUUAUUCCUUCAAAAGGCAGUUAUAAUUUUCUUUUACAAGAAUAUUCACUAAAUGUCCACUUAAAUUGUGUUUUAUCUUAAAUUCCGUGAGGUGUCCAAUACAAGUGUUUAAAGUAGCAUUCUGGUGUUUGUGAAUAGCAAACAGCAUUUAUGUUCCUGCAAUUAGGGCUCUGACCUUUGUGGUCCCUCUUCUCACAUACUUCCGUACAUGUAUGCCUGCCACACAUUUACUAUUGCUGUUCUUUCAUAGCUACUCCUAUAGCAGCUGAAGUUCUGCUGUUUUCUUCUGGCUUUAAAGACGUUCACAUAGAAUUAGAUGGUGAGAAUGGACCAGACAUUUGUUGACAUAAGCCCUGUGUGAGUAUUGUCUUCGGAUAGCUGGUGAGCUAGUUGUUCUUAAAAUUCAGAACUUAAUACAGUGGACAGCUCCUGUGGCUGACUUAAUAAGACAGCGUGCCUCUAAUGACGGCAGGAGCUGUUUUUAAGCUAUGAGUGCAACAAUUAGAGCCCUUACUUUCCUAAAUCUUCCCUACUAAUUAUGCAGCAGACCCUUGGUAAUGAUGGUAACGAGAUCACAUUUAGAGCAGAUUGCACAAUAUUUCAUCACUGUUAGCCAAGAAAAUGCAGUGAAACAGAAUGUCCUUUUUUAAAGACCUAAAAUUGCCAUUUGAGACUGUGUAAUUAAGAGACCUCUGGUUAUGAACUUAAUUCGUUCCAGAGGUCCAUUCUUAACCUGAAACUGUUCUUAACCUGAGGUACCACUUUAGCUAAUGGGGCCUCCCGCUGCUGCUGUGCCGCCAGCGCGCAAUUUCUGUUCUCAUCCUGGGGCAAAGUUUGUAACCCGAGGUACUACUUUCGGGUUAGCAGAGUCUGUAACCCGAAGUGUUUGUAACCCGAGGUGUUUGUAACCCGAGGUACCACUGUAUUGGUAUGGGGGAAAAGAUGUGAGGCACCUUCCUUUAGCUCCAGAUGUUAGCAAGUGUCACUAGAAUAAAAUUAUGGUAAUGAAGGUGCAUAUUUAGUUGUUUGUUUUAAUUCCUAUUUCACAAUAACAUGUUACUCACCUAGUUCUUGCGAUUAGGAUAUCAGUAUACUUCUAUAUCAUUUAAAUCUGCUGUGUGGCAACUUCCUUUUCUUUUACAAGUAGCCUAGUGAACAACCACACCCCUGUUGGCUCAUCUACUUAAUUUUAAAAUUUACUAUAUUUAUAUAAGGGUUGCCAAAUAACAUUUGCUUUGGGCAUCACACACAAAUGAAAUGAUAAAAUACAAUUAAAAUAAAUAAUAAAACAGAAAUAUCAGAAAAUAAACUGCCAGCUUAAAAAUUAGAGAGAUGACUAAACCAAGGUGAUUAAAAAAUAACUAGUACAAAUAGUGGUUCAAAACGGUAAGAUCAUUUAUCCCCCCCCCCUUUGGCAUGGGAGAAAGAAAAGGUCCCAGAAUGACCAUAAAGAAGGUACUAGCCAAUCCUCUCUGAAUUAGAGGGAUGUCUGUAAUGCUUCCAUUACGGUAUAUUGCUACACCUUUGCACCCUUACAUUUGAAGGGUCACAGUUGUGAACUUGUUUGUAUUCCUUGAGCAAUAUUAUUGUUUUGUUUUCAUUGGGUUGUUGUAAGCUGCUUUGAGUAUUUCUGUUUUGGACUAGUGCCAAAUUAAAGAAAUUCUAAUUUGUGUCUUAAUUUGUGUAUGUCUGUCUCUGGGAGGCUGAAAACAAGUUAAGCUUUUUUGGGAGUAGGUGUGCCCGAGAAGAAACUUCCGUCACUAAGCCAGAGGGAUGCAAAGUAGGUUAGACUAGAAACAACAACAGCGACAAGGACUGUGACCCCUAAUCUCUGAGCACUGGUAGAAAUGGAGAAGUACACUUAAGCUUACCACCACAAAGCAAAAUACAGAAAAAGCAUAAGAAAGAAACAGACUAGUGAGUGGCACUUUGUCGAGGUCAGCUGAGGUGACACAAAGCUAUGCUUCAGCAUUUGAUGUGCUGGCUGCUGCUAGAGGCUUGAAAAUUCCCAUGCUGCUUCUCGUUUUCUCUGCUAGGGAAGAAGUAUAAAUGAAGAGUACAGUGACAAUUUACAUUCAUGUGCCUUGUUCAAAUUUGGAGCUGAAUUCCUUUCACCAACAUCCUUUCAGCCUGCCCCCUCUCCAUUCUCUUGCUUACAUAUCUAUGCCUACUUCUGUAGCUGAAAAAAAAAGAUGUCAUGUUAGUCCCAGAAAUUGAGACUUAAAUAAAUAAUUGCUGCAGCAUUUCUCAAACUGGGCAUGGAGACCUUUUGAAUGCAAGAUUGCUCAAAAGUAGCUCAGCAACCUUCUCUGGAAGUUUAAUUAAUGACUGAAUCCUGUUUUGGGAUCUGUCAAUGAAAAGCUAGACAAGCAAUGUGUUGUGAGGACAGAACCAUGGUGUAUCUCUAUCUGAGCUGCAGUUCCUGUGCAUCUGCCAGUGCCUCUUGGCUAUUACGCUGUUUGUUUCCUGAGUCAAAACAUGAAUCUCUUUGGUCAAGGUAGGGAUAGGGACUCUUGCAACAUUAGCAGAACAAAUUUCACUGCCCUUAAUAACUUGGAGAGACUGUCAUGGGGGUAAUCCUUUCCCUUGGCAUUUCUGUUUGGCAUUUCUAGAUCAGUAUGUGGGAGGAGUUGGUCUGGAUCGCCUUAGGUUAUGUUUUGUAAAGAAAAGUGACUAAUAAAUGAUGAUGAUAAUACAAUCGUUGUGUUUUCUGGGGUAUAUUCUGCAGGUAUAGCUGCAGCAAAUAGCAAUUGGACCGUGAUGGAUAGACUGGCUUUGUGCCCAUUGGUUUAUUUGGCUAAUAAUAGUGAAACUAUUUAUGCAUUGGAUGCUAAAUUUGGCAAAUGAUACAGUGCCCAGUGCAUGGGUAAAGCUGCCUGAAAUGUAGCAAAUAGAAGGAUUUUGACUUCAUUUUAAUUUUAGUCUAGCUUCAAAAUCAUGUCACUUUUUCCCUCUUCUUUCCCAAACUUGCGGAGCUAGAAAUAUAAAUGCUUAAUUCUGGGAUGAAUUCCCAUCUUAUUCACCUUCAUAGUAAUGUAGUGCAAGGAGGGAAGUUAGUUGUAAGUGAAGGGGGGGGGGGAUAACUGUAAAUAAUUGUGCUUUAUGUCCACUGACUUCAUACCACAGGUAAGUCAGCUGAGACUCAUCUUUCAAAAGCAGGUCAAUGGAGGCAAUGGCAAAGGAAGGGAUAUUGGAUCUUGUCCUUCUCACAAAUUAGGAAUGAGGAGAGACUUGCUGGACAAGUGAGUGGAAGUGACUGGUGGAAGGGAUACUAGGGGGAAUGGUUAAGGAACACAUCUCUGGCAAACACAGAUUUCAGAACCCUGAAAUGGCAAAUAAAAGGAAAGAUCCACAGCAAAUAGAAGGAAAAGGAGGGAGCCUUUUGAAGUGCCUAGAAGGCAAUUUGCGUCUUUUAAGCUUCAGUUAUUAUACUUCAACAUGAUUUGAAUUGUGGACAGGGUUAUUCCUCUUUCAGGCACAGAUCAUGCUUGUAAAGAACCACUCCCAUUUAUAGUCUCUGGCUAGUAGUAGUAGGCAGUCCAGAGGAAAGUUGGUUUCCUAUCUUAAUUGUUUCUGUAGUGAUUGAUCUGAGGUAACAAAUAUAUUUUUGUUUUGACAAGCUUUCCUAGCUGGAUUAAAAGGGCUUUGCCUUACAUUUUAUUUUGUAUUUGUUUUUAAACCCAUCUACUGUUUUAGAAAAUAUUUUUAGCUGUUUUAUGGUAUGUUUGCACAUCCCCUUGUGACAAUCAUGUGUGAAAGGCAAACAAUUAUUUAGGAGGUUGUUCUAAAUAAAGUCCAACAGUAGUAGUGAAAUUGAGUGACUGUUACAUCACUAAACUGCAAUGGCAUGGUCUUUAACAAUAACAAAACUGAAAGUUUCUGUAUUUGCAGUUAUCAUUCUCCCUUUCCCAAAAUAGAUCUUAUCCAAGCCACAAAUGAGACAAAUGUCAAUAUUCCUCAAAUGGCUGAUACACUCUUUGAGAGAGCAACAAACAGUAGUUGGGUGGUUGUGUUCAAAGCCUUAGUUGCAACGCAUCAUCUAAUGGUUCAUGGCAAUGAGGUAAGUGCACAAAAUUUUCUUAAAGCUAUCCUUCACUCAAGCUUUUGAGAGAGGACUUCCAAGGAGGCCAAAUCAAAUAGUUGCAUGAACUCCCACUUAAAGGGGCUUCCCUGUCCUUCCAAAGGAGCCCUGCAUAGUGCCAGAGAAGCAGGGUUUCUGGUAAUAUCCUGGCUCCCACUUGGAUCUUGGAUUCUUGACUCAGUUGCUGGGAUUAAAAGCUUUAUUCCAAAAUUCACUACAGUAAAAAUAUUAUAGGAAUAAAUGCUGAGACAGAUACUUAUAAAGAAAAUGGCAAUACUCAUGCCUGUACCAAUUUUGCCCAGAAAGACCCAUUUUAGUUCUAGGUUCAGGGGUUUCCAUAACACCAGCCAAAAUCUUUGCACUGUUCUGGCCAUGUGAAAAAUGUGAUGCCUUGCUGUGUUUAGGGUUAAAUUGCACAAUUGACCAUAUGCAUAUUGGAAUCUUAUUUAUAUGAGUAGUGACAUUUUAGAAUAUAUUCUUAUAUCUGCAUUGUUAAGCACACACAAAAACCCUGGAUGGUCUGAUUAAGUCUUUUUAGUGUGGAAGAAAGCAGUGCAGACUUUAGUUUUGUGCACUGGGCCAUCUGUAUCCACUCCAGGCAGAAUUAUUCAAAUUGGCAAGAGAUGUGUAAGGCAUGGCAUUUAUUAUAAUAUGAUUAUCAUGGGUUUUCACCUAGAAGGAAACAUGCUUGUGGGUUUGUCAUGAAAUAGUGAGAGGAUAAUGUUGAAGGACAUAUACAACUAAUAUUAUCCUUUCCUCCCUUCCUCCUAGAGGUUUAUUCAGUAUUUGGCAUCUAGAAACACACUAUUCAAUCUCAGCAAUUUUUUGGACAAAAGUGGAUCACAUGGUAAGAACCCUUUGCUGAUAAUGUUUGCCUGGUAUAUGUGCAAUCAUUUAGGCAGAAAUGCAUCCCUUCCCCCCCUGUGAAAUAUAUUGGCAGAGGACAAGUGCCUUGUUUUCUUUAUAGGAACUGUUUUUAAUAUAGCAGAAAGGAAAAGGAAACGUGUGCUAUUUGGAGGAGGGAUAAGGCAAGAAUAAAAAAGGAAAGAAAAUGAAGAGAACAUGUUACGAUGGAAGGACUUAUUUAAACUCGUGUAAUUUCAGUGCUCUGUUCUUUCCCCAAAGGUGUCACAAGAAACCUUGUAUGGGGAUUGCGUACUUGAAAGCCUGGAACCAUACACUUAAGCACUAAGCUCCUAAUAUUAUCUGCUGCUUUAUAAUAACUUCUUUCUGAUUCCUUGCAUCAUCUUAAGCCAAAAAUCCAUUCCUAAGAGCACACAGUUGUACUGUAUGUAGGCAAAAAUUAAAAUCUCAGAACAGCAGAAGGAGUAGCCACUGGUGGUUGCUAUCUGUCCUCCGUCCAGGAUGAAGUUCUCAUCCAGAAUAGGAAGGUUACAUUAUCAAAGCAACAUCUCUCCACCCCCUUCACCCCCCCCCCCGGCUUCUCUACCACAAGAAGAACUGAGACUUACAGCUUUUCACACCCAAAGCUCAAAUUUGGCAAGUUAUUGUCUUGAUGGCUUUACAGUGGAAUUCUGGGUAAACAUGAAACUUAAACUAUUUCUUUUCUCUUAAUCCUUUUAUUUAGGCUUGUGGUAGUAUAUGAAUUUUAAUACUUUUGGGGGAUAGGGUACAAAUGCAGCCAAGUUGUGCAAUUUGAUUUGCCUGCAUCCUUUUCUUUGUCUGUCCAUAUCUUUUUGUUGUGUCUCCCCAUGUCUGUUGCAGUUUGUGAGGACAGGGACAUGUCUAUGCCGCAUCUGUAAGGCAGCAUGUACACUGAUGGUGCUACAGCAUAUAAAGAAUAAAUAGCAGGCAAAUCUGCUUUCCACUAAUGACUUCUGCUUGCACAUAACGGAAGCUUUCAGAUGUGCUAUAUGAUAAUGGCAGCGAUCACAUGAGAGUGGUAGAGGUUUUGUUUUACCAUUUUUGGGGAGCCUAGGAUGCUUGAUACAAAAGGGCAGUCAUGAUUUUUACUGGAAUGAUUCUUCAGUAAAUCCUUAAGUCCUAAGAAUAACAAUUCUGGGAGCUGUCAAACAAGACUAAUUAGACACUGGGCAUGCCCAUCUUUUAUAUGUGAAAUAUAGAUGGAGAAUAUUAAUGAGAUUCAAGGCUGAAACAUUCCUGAAAUGUCUAGAUGUUAAGGAGGUACCAGCUUUCCAUGUAGCAGGGGGGAUUCAGAUUGAAGUAUAAAGUUUAAAGAGGUAUUUUGGCCCCAAUAUAUGUUCAGCCUUGCUUGGAGCUUAGUCUCCAAAUGCCUCAGCAUGUUUAGUUUGCCCCUUUUUCUAGAUCAGUUUGUAGAACACAUUAAAGCAGAAAGAUAUUUCUUUAUACUAUCAAACUGCAAAGUAGAUCUGGAUAGAACAUUUUUUACUUCGGAUUUUUCCAGCACAGCCUCUUAAAUUCUGUUAUUUGAUUUGGUUGCAUUUGGGAUCCAAUAGGCUCAAUGUAUUUGCAUCUUAACUGUUUUCUAGACCAGGGUGCCUGUGAAUAUUUGUUAUGAAGAGCUUAUUUUAAAGCGCAUUACAAUCUGUUUAUCAAAACUACCUGUAGCUUCAAAAUGAUAGCAGAACAGGGUAACAUGGUAUUGGAAGAUGGCAAGAUGAGUGGAGCAGUAAAAUUAAUGAAUAAGCAAGGUAUGCUGUUGGCCACCAUGGCUUAUCAAUAUAUCAGAUUAUAUUUAUCCAAAGGUCAGUUUGAACACCAUUUUUCAGUUAUUUCCAGUCACCCAAAAGAACAAAACACAUAUAUCAGUGUAGAUUACAGUAAGCCCACAACUUGCAUGGGGGUUACGUUCCAGGGAUCAUGCCUAAAGCAAAAAUCGUUGAUAGUCAAAGCCCAUUGAGUUCAAUGGCAGGUGGGAUUGCCAAAAUCAUUGUUCCCAGAACCCUGCCCCCUUCUUAAUUUUUUAAUAUAUUUUUUGCCACACAAGUAAAGCUGAAUGUGCAAAGUUAAAUGUGUGUAAAUUGCAGGCUUACUGUACUUUGCUUGUCAUAUAACUCUUGGCACCUACAUAUAUAGCUAGGCAGGUACAUGUAGGGAUUCUCUUAUGUAGGUUUAAGUGAGAUGAAUUAUUUUGCAGAAUGUCACUGAAAUCCAUCAGGGUGUCAUCGUUUAAUAAAAUAAAUCAUUGAGUUAAAGAUAUAGCAUUUGCAACCUCUCUCAAUCCAUUAGUAAAAGAUUAAAAGGAUUAAAAAAAAUCAAAAAAUUAUGACAUAUUUUCUUCCUUGCUAGGAUAUGACAUGUCCACGUUUAUCAGGCGCUACAGUAGAUACUUGAAUGAAAAAGCAUUUUCCUACCGGCAAAUGGCAUUUGAUUUUGCAAGAGUGAAGAAAGGGUAAGCUUAUCAAAUAUAAAUACUGAUGGUUCCUACAAGUAUUGUUGGUUGCAAUAUAUGUUGCUUUAACUGCUACUAUUGCCGAAAGUGAUUUAAUAAUGAAAUUAUAGCACUAGAAUGUAUAUAGUGAGUGUUCUGGUAUGCAAGUAGGUUUUUUUUAGUUUUUGCAAACCUGCUGUAGGAUCUGGGGCGGAGGGGGAGAGACUAUUUCUACUUCUGAUCAGCAGGUGAAAUCUAGUGCUUCUGUUCUACAGUGGUUGCUUUAUAUAUUGCAGGGAUAUCCACUGGCUUAAGAAAAGAGGAACUGAUUUUCUCUAGUUCCACUUCAGCCCCCAGAAAAUAUUUCCUGGAGGGUUGGAGGAAUCUCCAGAAUAAGUCAAGGGGAAAGGAGGAAUGUAAGAAGAUCACUUCCCAUUAUCUUAACAUAAGUGGAUGCCUCUGCUGGAUCACAAUCUGUUUCGUAUCUAUUUAUAAACUAUACACAUAUUACUGGUAAAAGUAUUUGAAAAUGGGAAAGCUGCUGCAUAAAUUGCAUAAAUGAAUACUGUUGUGGGUUUAUUUGAUUUCCAAAUGCAAUUGAACAUGAGAAGAAAUUUUGUGGUUGUCCUAGUAUAGUUGGGGCUUCCUUUAUAUGGAACAUUCUGUAUUUUAACCUUGUAGAAUAAACUGGGCUAAAAAUGAAGGUUUGUAUCUAGUGCUCUAUACAUGUAGCUCUGCUAGCACAAUGGAGCAUUUGUUUCCUUUGCUGCUCUCGAAAUCUGCUCUAGGGUGUCGUCCAAAGCUAAUUUUGAAGGCAUGCAUGAGGCUGUAGGGAAUAGGAGAGGAAGAGGAAGCUCUGUUGCAUGCAUAGAAGUCUGUUGCACCAAUGGAGGCACAUCACUGAAUAUGGCCCAAAUUGUCUACACUGGGAAAUGUUUCCCUGCUUCUAUGCCGUUAGUGACCUUGUCUCAUCUCUAUUCUCAUUAUGUGUCCUGCUGGUAUAUUAAUACUGUAGAGAGGAGGUAGAAAUGUGAGUUUGCUCCUUUCAGCAGCAGCCAUACAUGUUACGUAUGGCCCUUAGUCCAAGUUUGUAUUGGUUGUUGCGAAGCUACCAGGCAGUGUGUUUUUAUUAUUAUCCUGUAUUAUCCUUAUUAUCCUGUAAUGAUCUCCUUGCUCUAGCCUGAGUCCCCAAAGAUAAUUCAAGGAGUUAAUCAGAAUGUGAUGCCUGUUGAAAGUAGAAAAGGGACCAAUACUAUAUGGCUUAAAAUAUUCCAGAAUUCAUUAUGGGGCAACCUUACAGGGCUCACAUAAUUUGUGUGAACCCUACAGGCACUUUGCUUUUCCCUUCCCCAUUAUAUCUGGAAGUGCAGAAUCCUUUUAUGGCACACAAAGAAUGUAUCUUCAAAUAAAUGUUUAAUGUAAUAGAGAGAAAAUAUAAGCAAUUUUAAAAAACCAACAACACCAUGGGUGUCUUUAAUCUGAAACACAGAGCAUCUGCACAUGGUUGGAUGUUCCACUGUACUGUAUCUUUGCCCAUUAUCUGUGGAUUAAUAAAAUAUUUAAAAAUAGUGCAUUAUUCUCCACAGAGUGAAAUUACAGUGUAAAACAUAGUGCAUGCUUGAUUUAAUCAGUGAUGUAAAGAUUUGACCUUAAUGAAUCUUCAGUACUUCAGGUAAGACAUUGAAGUGUGCUUUGUGGAAAAGCAAGUACUAUCAAAGAAAUAUUGGAGCUACUAUUUGUCUAUAGAAGCAGGGUUUGCUGACCAAAAUCAGGAUCGUUUUUCCUACCCUUCCAUCUUUUUCAGCACUACAUGUUUCUCUCAUUCUAUAAUUAGGUGCCUCGUAAUUAAACCUUUUCCUAGAAUGAAAUACUAUCCACUUUAAUUUGAAUCUCAGUCUUCACUCUAAAGCAGGGAAACCCCAAGCUUGGAUCUCCAGCUGUUUUUUUGACUACAUUCCCUUCAUCCCUGACCACUGGUCCUGCUAGCUAGGGAUGAUGGGAGUUGUAGUCCAAAAACAGCUGGAGACCCAAGUUUUGGAAACCCUGCUGUAAAGCUUUAAUUUUGUUAUUAGUUACCAAAUAACGCCUAUGAGAUUUUUUGGGUUGUAGCUUGAUUUUUUUUCUUCCAGGGCGGAGGGUGUAAUGAGGACAAUGGUUCCAGAAAAAUUACUGAAGAGUAUGCCAAUAUUACAAGGACAAAUAGAUGCACUUCUUGAAUUUGAUGUAUGUAUUUACACUUUUCUAAAUUCUUUUAUGAUAAAAGGAAAACACUUCCCACUUUAGGUCACUGUAGAAACAUAAUAUAACUUCAAACCUUAUGAACUUGUACUAAAUUCUUAUUUCUUUUGGCAAGCUUCUCCAAGGUGCAGAAAGAAUGUGGCAGAAAAUUGUGAAUUGAACCGUACUGAAUAACAUUUUUGCAUUUAACUGAAGGUCCAUAACAAAACUUGGUCUUCCAAUCGCUAGCAGCACAUACACGUACAUACACACAAAGUGUGCAUUGUUCACAGUUGUGCAAGAUCAUGCUGAGGAUUGUUUGUCGGUGCAUUUUCCCUUUUGCAUCAUUGUAUUUUCCAACAGUUGAGAGAGAUAGAAUUUGGAUAUUUCUGAGAGGCAGAAAUGAAGUUUUUCUCCAGCUCCUGUUGUUCCCUUGAAAUGAGAUGAACCUUGGUACUUUAAAUUUGCUUCAGAUUUGUCUGGAUUUUCACACAUAAUUUGUAUAUUCUGUUCAUAUGCAUGAAACAGACUUCAGUCCUGCGUGCGCCUGAACAAUGUACAUAUUCAAUAGUAUUUAACUUUGUUCUAAGAUAUGACAUAGCUCCAACAUUUCAAAUCACAAUUAACAACCAUGGGUUCUAAUUUUUAUGUAGGUUCAUCCAAAUGAGCUGACAAAUGGUGUUAUAAAUGCUGCAUUUAUGCUUCUGUUCAAAGAUCUCAUCAAGCUUUUCGCUUGUUACAAUGAUGGAGUUAUUAACUUAUUAGGUAAGUAACUUGAUGUAGCAUGUUUUUAACGUUACAUUGCUCCAGGAGAAUAGUAGUUCUGCAGCUUAAUCUUGUUAAGAGAGGAAGAAGCCAUCUUAUUUUCCAAGCGCAUGAUUCUCUCACAUUCAGCUGUGUUCUUUUCUAUAUUGUUCCAUGCCACCCCAAAUUCCAAAAGCGUUGCAAGAUUCCAGGGGUUCCAGGCACAUACCCAGCAUUGUUUCCUUUGGGAAGAGCAAGGCACAGCAGAGGCUAGUGUCUUUAAGAAAUAUGGUUUAUCAACACAUAUUUUCACUUGGAAACCCCAAGUGUUUCUCUCAUUGCCCCUCUCAUAGCUUCAGCAAACUUGGAUCCAAAGCAGCAGUUAGUCAUGGCUGCUGGUCUCAUAGUGCAGCCUUCUGCAGCCAGCGCCGCAUGGAGUUCAGGAACAGUGAGAGAUUGGGCAUGGAAAGUCUGUAGCAGGACAGGGAAAGCCAAGGAAUUGAGCAGGGCUGCUGAGCAUAUGCAGAAGUGCUUUUCUGCUUGUGCAAUAAUCUGCAGAUGAAGACUUGGUAUGAAUAAUGUAAAAGUUUUGUGGAUUAAAAAUGAAUAUGUCAUUUAUUCCAGAGAAAUUCUUUGAAAUGAAGAAGGGACAGUGCAAAGAUGCUCUUGAGAUUUACAAGCGGUUUCUGACUAGAAUGACAAGAGUAUCAGAAUUCCUCAAAGUUGCAGAGGUAAGUGAAUCUUCCACUGUGGCAUGUUGGUUGUUAUGGUUGCUAUCUAGGCAUGUGAUUUCCCCCACAAUUAUCUACUUGAUAGCAAACUGAGUUGUCGUUCAGAUACUCUCUUUGUAUGUGUUUAGAUCAAACGCCACGUCCAUAAAUAAACUACAUUGUGUAAAAUUUCUUUGACAUUUAUUGAAUUUUGUGGAAAGUGUUAGCUGUUCAGGAUGUCACCAAAAUGCAAAUAAAAUAACAUUAGUCUCUGCUUUGGCCUUCUACAGUAUAUUCAUGUUAUACCAGUUAAGAUGAUAGUAGUAGACCAGCAGCCUGCUGGUGGGAAUAGCUGCUGCAUCAUUAUCUUUCUGACAGAACAGCAAUUUUUAUAUUCCAAGUUAGGGAAAACCCAUCUUUAAAUAGAGAUGAGUUCUUCAAUUUCAGGCAUUCAUUUUUAUGCGUGGAGCGGGUCAGAAGGACACAGCCUGGGACCAGCUGUGUGCACAAACGUUUUGCUGCAUCCAUCUGUGUUUGAGAGAAGUUCUCCAUCCAGAGUUGCAGUUCUGUAGGGCAAUAAAUGUAUUGCAUAUUUCUACAAAUAUGCAUUAAUUUUAAAGCACCUGGAUGUGGAUAUUACAAAUGGAGCUUCAAAGUGAGUUAAAAUCACAGUUCAGAUGCAGUAGUCAAAUUGAGCUAUUUAGUAUUUCUGGACUUGUUAAGCAUAAACAAAAGAACAUUUCUGAAUUAUUAUUUUUUCAUUAUCCACAGCAAAUUGGAAUUGAUAAAGGAGACAUUCCUGAUCUUACACAAGUAAGUUCCUAAAUUAUAUUUAGCUUGGUGGUUGGUUUAACAAUAGCAAAAAUGACUUCUGUUCAUUUAGCAUGCAACCUAAUGGCGUUACUCAUAUUUUAAACAUCAGCAUAUGCCUCCUGAAAACAGCAACUAUUUUGACAGAUGUCAAUCCGCUUUUUGUUCCCAGAAGAGGACUUCAUUUUUAAGGCCACAUUUAAUUAAGAGAUAAGCAAUGAAAAGACUGCAUAUUUCUUCUCCCUUCCAGAGGUGCAGAUUGAUCCCAGAAGCUGAGAGUGUGAGUAAUGCAUCUGGGAGAGGAAAUUCUUAAGUACUGAAUCCAUGCUUUGACCUAGUCCAUGACAUCACUUUCACUGGGUUACCUUUUGUCUCUAGACAAGAGACAAGUUUAGGGCUGCCAUAAUACGACUAAAGAUAAGGUGAUAAAUUACCAGAAGCCAGAGAGCUAGUGUACUGGUCAAGAAUUCGAGUUAAAUCUCUGUUCCCUGGAUGACCACAGGAAAGCCUAUCUCUCAGCUCCCAUCUGUAAUGUGGAGUAGCAUUGGCUUGCCUUACAGAAUUGCUGUAAACGUUUAUGUAAGAAUACAUGUGGACCACAUUUUAAAGGCCUAGGAAGUAUGCUGCUAAGUCGUUACGCAGAAAUGUAAUCAAGGGAUCGAACACUUAAAAACAUUAUUGUGGCAUCCCUAUCCUUGAGAUUAAUCAUUAAGACUCUUGCAUAUAAAUGAGAUUGCUUUACCUUCAACUGCACAGCAGCAUGACCUCUGUUAGUUGACCUCCCAGAUAAUUAAACAGUCAGUCUGUUAGAACAGGGUGCUGUGAUUACAAAGACCCAGCAUGGAUUUCUCAAAAAUAAGUCAUGCCAGAUGAAUCUCAUUUCUUUUUUUGAUCGUUACAAGCUUGGUGUAUCAAGGGAAUGCCAUGGACAUAGUAUGUCUUAAUUUCAGUAAGGCUUUUGACAAAGUCCUCCAUGACAUUCUUGUGGAGAAGCUGGUAAAAUGUGGGCUAGAUUCAUAGCUGGUUGACUCAUCAAACCCAAAGAGUGCUCACGAAUGGUUCCUCAUCAUCCUGGAAAAAAGUGACAAGUGGGGUGCUUCAGGGUUCUGUCCUGGAUCUGUUGUUGUUCAAUGUCUUUAUAAACAACUUGGAUGACACCAAACUGGGAGGGGUAGCUAAUGCCACAGAAGGCAGAACUGGGAUUCACUAUGACCAUAACAGAUUGGAAAGCUGGUCCAAACUAGCAAAAUGAAUUUCAAAAGGGACAAAUGUAAGGCUCUACAUUUAGGCAGGAAGAACCAGCUUGCCAGUAGUACAUGUGAGAAAAGGAUCUAGGGGUCUUGUAGGCCACAGGUUUAACAUGAGUCAACAGUGUGAUGCAGCAGCGAAAAAAGCUAAUGCUAUUCUAGGCUGCUAUCCUUAAUAGAAGGAUAAUGUCCUGAUCAAUGGAACCACGAUAUUCUAGUAUUUGUCAGACCACACCUGGAGUACUGUGUCCAGUUCUGGGCACCACGAUUUAGGAAGGGUAUGGACAAGCUGGAAUGUGUGUUGAGGAGGGCAACCAAGAUGAUCAAGGGUCUGGAAAGCAAGCCUUAGGAGGAGCAGUUGAGGGAGUUGGAUAUGUUUAGCCUGGAUAAGAGGAGACUGAGAGGAGAUAUGAUAGUCAUCUUCAAAUAAAGUGUAGUGUGACAGGAUGUGGAGGAUGGAGCUAGCUUGUUUUCUCCUUCUCCGGAGGCUAGGAUCCAAACCAAUGGCUUCAAGUUACAAGAAAUGAGAUUCCAACUACAUAAGGAAGAACUUUCUGACAGUAAGAGCUGUUUGACAGUGGAACGGACUCCUUCGGAAGGUGGUGGACUCUCUUUCGUUGUUCAAUAAGCAUUCCUGUGCUUCUGUAGGCUUUUGCAGCCCUUUGGAAGAUUGCCUUAAGAAAACUCAUGACAGUUCAGUUAGGGGUGCCGGAAUGCUGUUGGUUUUCCAUUCUUGUUUACUUUUUGAGGAUUUACUAGUAAGAGAGCUUUGGAGCAUGAUCAAUCAAAUAUUUUACUGCACACACCAGUGUGUGUCCUCUGAAGAAAAGCAAUAUGCUGGCUAAUCCCCAGCCUCAUUGAAACAGGUGUAUGAUAUGGCAGAGUAAGAGAUAAAAAGAGUAAAAAAUAUAUAUGCUUUUUCUUCUGCUGAAGCUUGUGUUUUUUCACAGAAAAGCUAUUUUAAUAUCCGGGGGUGGGGGGAACUUUAAAUAUAGCUCAGCAGAAGGAGUACCUUGAGACUGUCUUCCUUCAUACCAAAGGUCUCUUGCUUAGCAUUGUUUAAUUUAUAGAUUGAUGUUGUUGUUGUUGUUUACAAUACUGCACCUGCAGAUGAGGACUAACCCCUGAACCUACUUCCCUGAUUUAAUUUUUCCUCUAUGGUGUUUUCUCCCUACACAUGCCCAGGUGAUGUGUGCUUUCAUAAAACAGAAAAUAUGCAAAUGGCCUAGUCAUAUGUGAAAGUCCAAUGAGAAUUAUUGUGGGGGUUAAUAUAAGUUGGUGCCUCUAUGCUAGUCAAGAUAGGGACAGCACAACUUUCAGUUCUAGUCAGUAGCUAACUGAGCCUGGAUAUAGGGAAAUUGUAUUCAGCUGCUCUUUGUGAGUUAUUAUUGAUAGUUACAUUAUCGGUAAGUUACAUGGUUCUCACAAGUAUUCAAAGGGUUAAUCUUCAAUGGUUUUGCUCAGAUUCCUGCUGUACAUUUGGGGUGAAAAGUUAGCAAGGCAGUGAUGUUUUGUUUGUCAUUUUAGGCAGCAUUUUUACGAAGUAUGGCCACCCAGCUUGCAUUUUCUUGUCUUGACAUUAUCUCUCCUUGAGUAGUGCUGGGCUAUGGCAGAGGAGUGCAAGUGGAGAAGCCGAUGAGAGUAAAAUUGAAACAGAGCCAAAUUAAAGAGAGUGGAUGGGAUUUCCAACAUGAAAAACAGUGGAUAAGAAUCUAUUAUUAUUUUUUAGUCAUCACCAUCAGUGAUUGAGCUGCACAAGCUACCAGUUUGUCUCUGGGCUCAAAUUCAAAAGCUGGUCUUAACCUUUUAAAGCCGAAAUGGUCUGGCUCCAGAAACCUUACAGGCCACAUUCUUUGGUGCUCUGAACCUACUCUGGCAUUCUGUUCAGAAGCUGAGGUCCUGUUCAUUAUUCCCCUCACCCAGUGUGUGAAGUUCAGUAUGUUGGAAUGCAAGAGAACAUCUGCCCAGUCUCUGAAAUGUCUUCCGUAUAGAGGAUUGUGUUGACACCUUGCUUAGUCUUUUGACAGUCAACUGAUUUUAUUGAUCCAGUUCUUGAAACUUUAUUUUCACCACUUAAAAUGACCUUGUUUCUUUAUUUAUAUUAAUAUUUUUAAAUUGAAAAACCAUAUAAAAGUUUUAAGGGGCCCCUUUAAAAGGGUGACACUACAUAAUACUAAGGCUAUAAUGACAGUCUCUUAAAAUCACUUCUGUCUGAAAACAUUUGCUGUUUUUCAGAUAAUUAUAAGCCAAGGCUUGCUUUAGCCAUACUUUAUUCAGUCAACCAUGAGUUGUCAUAUCACAGAUAAGCAAACAAGCAACAGUUUGUUCCUCCAGAACUUGUUUUGUUUUCUAGCUGGUCUUGCCUUGUACUUCUGUAGCUUGGUGAGUUUGUGCAAUGAUGUGACCAAACAAACCAUGUUUAAACAAGGUUGUUGGCCAUGGUUAGUUUUCCUUGGUUUCAAUAAACAAUAAACAUCCAUAAUUAGGAACUCCAAAGGCAAUUAACAUUAUGCCUAUUCAUAAAAUCUGGUUUCACCCUUCUUUCUUAGCUGCUUGCCCAUACUGCAUUGUCAGGGAGAUUAUAAAGUUGUGGAAUAUGUUCCUAGGUAGUAUAAAGGCCUAGUGUAAUUGCAAAUUGACAUACUUUAAUUGUUUAUAGCAACCAGUCAAUUUGCAUGCUUGUUUGGAAAAUAGAUGAAUGAGGAGACUCGAUUUAAAUCAUACCGCCUUCUGGGUGACUGCAUAUUAAUUCGUUGUAUUUAGUGAGAUGUGGAACACAUUUCGUGGCUGUGUACUCAACAUCCUAAAGAUGUUCCUUGUUCCAUUAACUACAUUCGCAGUUUAUGGUGGUGGCUAGAAAUACUAAUUAACUCUAUCGCUAAGAGGAGGAUUUGUUCUUGCUAUCAAGUACUUUAUUUGAGAUAAGUACUUGGUAUCAUUAGUACUAUGCCGGACAUGGAGUGUUAUUACUACAAUGCAUUCUAAGUGGAGUUUAUAUUCUAAAAACCAUUUUAGAGAAGGCUGUCAUUAGUGCACUAAGAGAUGAGAUCUGCACCUUUAGUGUAAGCCCCAUUAAUUUCACAUAUUAUAAUAAUCUUAUGGAUAUGUCCUUUGCUAACAGCAGAAGAGAGUUACAUGGUUGUUGUUUUUCUAGAAUUAGCCUGGGCUGUUAGUGUUCCUAAGCCAGCUGUAUCAUCCUCACUCUUGCCCUUUGUUCCUUAAAAAAAAAAAAUAUCUACAACCCAGGAAAGCCAGAACCAAUAGCACUGCUUCACACACCGUAUUUAUGUGAAUCUAAUGCACACUUCAGUUUUCAAAACCUUGAAACCAAAAAAGUAUUUGCUGUGCUAGCAGUGUUUUUCAGGCUUGCAAUCGAAUCUAAUGCACCAUCAAAUACUGUCUUUUUCUGUCUAUAAGACGCCCCUAUUUUUAGGGACUUGGAUUUAAGAAAAUGGGGGGAGAUGGUCCAGAGUAUAAGACGCCCCCUAAUUUUUGACAUUUUUUAGGAAAAAAACCUAGCCUUUUCCUUAUACUUGGAAAAAUAUGGUAUAAUGUGCACCCUAAUUUUCACAACGUAAUUUGGCCAAAAAAAGUGCGUAUUACAUUCAAGUAAAUGUGGUAUUACAGAUUAGAAGCAAGUAAAAUGCUAAAUUUGUUAACAUAUAUAUCUAAUGCUUUCUCUUUUAGCAACAUUUGAAGUUGACUUUUGAGGUUUGGGCAACUGCUUAUAAACUAAAGCAUUGCCCUGUGAAACAGUCCAUCUGUUAUAUUGUAGAAGCCUCUGUUUAGGGUUAAGACUGUUAAUCUCAAAGGAUUUAGGGCUCUAUGCAUUGCUAAUAUAGUCCAAACAGCAAGUUUUUGCACAUUGUUCCGGGUAACCUGCUUAAUUUCUGUGUAAAUCUAUUUUAUGUAUGUAAAAAAAACCCUUAGGUGUUGCUGACCAGAGUUCUAUGUGAUCUGAAAAACAGUGGUGAUAAUGAAAAGUCCCCAUUUAAAGACUAUACAAUUGAUGAACCGGUAAUCUUGAUAAAAUAUGGCUUGCAUCCACUUCUGUACCUCUGAAGUUUUCUUCUUUCAUCAGUGACUUUGUGGAAAUCUGCUUAUCUAGGCACUAUUUUUAUCCUGGAGGAGCUAAGGACACUGUUAGUCAUUCUUACUGUACUUACCUUUCCUUUCUCAUUGUAACAACAGCAAGCGCAUGUUGGGAACUCUCUCUUAAAAAAUAAUAUUGAAGGGAUCAAAGGGGGGAAAUCAAUCAAUCGAUCAAAUUGCAUUAUUCUGUAACUGCAGAACUAAUACUUGUGUCAAACUUUUAUCUCAUUUUUUAAACUUCACUUUAGAAUGUAAAAUACUAUAUUCCCAGCCUUUUUUAAAAAACAAAACAAAAAGAAGCAGCAGCAGCAGCCUGGUUUCUGGUCUGGAAAAAAUAAUUAUGUACUACUUCUGGGAAAUAUUUGGACCUACAGCAUAAACACAGUAUUUAUAGCAGAGACAAAAUGCCUGCCAUCUCUUGAUAAUACAGCCUAAUGUGUGUUAUUGCACUGUGAAUCCCUCUCUCAUAUCACUGGUCAAUGUUGGGAGAGCUGUGGCAUGAUGACAACAUUUCAUGCAUUAUAUUAAUGUUACAGAAACAAGAGAUUAAAGACAGGGAGCAGCUGCACUUUCUGUCCAUUUUGUAAUAUGUAGUUCUGACCUAUGUUACAGUUCUACUUGUGUGGAGGACUGGGGAAAAUUUGGUUAAGCUAAUUAGGUUGAAUGCAGAAACUCUAGUUAUGCAUGCAAGUAUCUAUUUUAGAUUUAUUGGCAACUUUGACCUGUGAAUGCCUGUGCUGUUGUUAAUUUCUAAUGCACGAUGACUCAUACUUUCGUUUUCUGACUAAUAAUAAAAACAAUAUUCAAUGUACUCUAACCAAAGAAUAAUAGUUUCAGUAGCAGCAUGGAAGUGGUGUUCCUUUCUCAAAGCUGUGUUUUGGAAUUAAGAUGAUGGCAUGUAAAUGCAUGUAACUGGUUAUGACUAGUUCCGAGAAGAGAUGGAGUUCAUGUUGGACUUCCCAAGCUGCUGCUCUUACUCUUUAGUUUUAAAUGAGUAACAUGUUUUCCUUAUCUAUCUUAGGCUCCCAGUAGUCUUAUGGAGACUCUUGAACAACAUCUAAACAGUUUGGAAGGAAAGAAACCUGGAAACAGGUAUGCAGAAAGGUGAUAGAGCUGUAUGUGAAGUUGUUACACUGCAACUCCCAUCCUAUCAGCUUGGUUAUCUGUACCUAAAUACCCUUCUUAUAUUCAGACCAGCACCUAGUUCUUCCUCAUAAGAGAGCACCCCAGCCUAGCAAACAGAGCAUAAGACCUGCCCAUGCUUGCUUUAUUUAGAUUUGGGGUUAUAGGAUGUUAGGAUAGCUCCAACAUAAAACUGUGGCAGCAGAGCAGGGCAGUUGCUGAUGAGCAGCCCUGGCUUGUUUUGUCUCUUCCACUGUAACUCACCUGGGCUAUCCACACCACUCACUCGUCCCGAAUGGCCUGUUGUUCUGUUCUCACUCUGCAAUUCAUGUGACUACCUUACCUUUUAAUUUAUAUAGGAAGAUAUAUAGAUACACACAAAUACCCUUUUGUCUAAAGAAUUAUUAUUAUGUAUUAAAUUUGUAUACCACCCUUCAUCCAUAGAUCCCAGGGCGGUUUCCAGCAUAAAUUGUAAGCUACACAAAUGUAAUGGAAAUUAUUCUCCGUUUUUUGGCACCUUCCUCUUAGCAGCCACCCAAAAAUUAUGCUAUCCAUGUCCUAAAUUGAAAACACGGGUCUCCAGUAUGUACUCCUGAUGUGUCGUAUUGCACAGUGUUUCUUGUGAAGCAGGACGUUCUGAAUUUCAUCAUGCAAGCAUAAUGCAAUCCAGUUAAAGAUUAUAGUUACUUGAUUUAGAUUACAACCCUACGCAAAUUUUGGAGUAAGUCCAGUUGAAUUCAGUAGGGCUUCUGAAUGCACAUGCUUAGGGUCAGGAUGCAUGUUUGCCACAGGCAUUACAUGUGUUGGACGAGGAUCAUGGAUACCAAGCUUCAAGUCCUUGCUCAACUGUGAAGCUUGCUGUGCCUCACAAGACUUGUUAGGAUAAAAUGGGGAAGGGGGAGGGCGAGAGCCAUGUCUGCCACCUUGAGCUUCUUAGAGGAAAGAUGGGAUAUAAAUGUAAUAAAUAAAUAAUAAUUACUAAGCAUAUUAAUAUUUCUCAGCUGUAUGUAUACCAUGCAUGUUCAGUAACAGUUUCCUAGUGUCUUGACCAAACACAUAUCUAGGCUAUUUGUUUAUCAAGCUGUUAAUUAAGCUGUAAUUAACAAAUGUUUCUUUACAUGUGCCUCCCUUUUGUUUUGUUUAUGUACAUGGCUGUUUUGCAACUUAGUGAGGGGUAAGUAAAUAUACACACUAAUGUUAUGCAUGUAUAUAUUAUACAGCAUGUAUCUCUUCUAGCAUCUCUUAGUGAAGCUAUAGGCCUUGAUUAACUUUAAUUCUGUGAUACAGACCUAGAACUGUGUUCAAAAAUGAAAUGCCUAUGAAUUACACUUUGAAACGGAAAGAAACACUUUGAUUUUCAUAAUUAAAAAUGCAUUUCUGAACUAAAAGGAUAGUAAAUUAUGUAUUUCAAUUCAAAGUCUUGUAGACUGGUGUGGGUUCAGUUUUAGUUGAGAAGGGCAGACUGAAUUAGGAACACACAUUUUAUAAAAUGAGAAGGGCAGACUGAAUUAGGAAUACGCAUUAUUUUACAAAAUGUUGAUUCUUAUGUGUUCUUACUGGAAAUGAAAAAGUAUGAAAUACUGUAUUUCUUUUUUAACAGAGUGGGUAACUUUUGUUAAAUUUUAAGUUACCUUUUGAUUCAAAAUAUCAAUGUCAAUUACAUUGAAUUUAGCUAAUGCAAAUUUGAUUUAACUAGGCAUAUACCAUUCAGCUGGGACGCGGAUGGCACUGUGGUCUAAACCACAGAGCCUAGGACUUGCCGAUCAGAAGGUCGGUGGUUCGAAUCCCCGUGACAGGGUGAGCUCCCGUUGCUCAGUCCCAGCUCCUGCCCACCUAGCAGUUCGAAAGCGCGUCAAAGUGCAAGUAGAUAAAUAGGUACCACUCUGACGGGAAGGUAAACGGUGUUUACGUGUGCUGCUCUGGUUUGCCAGAAGCAGCUUAGUCAUGCUGGCCACCUGACCCAGAACUGGACCUAACGGUCAGGGGGUACCUUUACCUUUUAUACCAUUCAGCUAAAGUCUUCACUGGGCUGAUGGUUCUGGUUUUUAAUGAGUUUCUGAUAAAUGCUGCUUAGAUUAAUUUGGAGAAUUUGCUCAGGUGAACAAUCGAUAGAAAUUUUGCAGGAAAUCCCAUGAAGGUGUCUGACAUAUCCCACGUUAAUGAUCAAAACAACUCCUAUUUCAUUUUUGUGUCUGCUUUAGCAAUGUAGCUGCAUAGAGUAAUAUGCAAACAAGCAACCUCAGUUAUACUAAAAAGGUUUUUAAAAAUAUAUACAGUGCUACCUCGGGUUAAGUACUUAAUUCGUUCCGGGGGUCCGUUCUUAACCUGAAGCACCACUUUAGCUAAUGGGGCCUCCUGCUGCCGCCACGCUGCCGGAGCACGAUUUCUGUUCCUAUCCUGAAGCAAAGUUCUUAACCUGAAGCAUUAUUUCUGGGUUAGCGGAGUCUGUAACCUGAAGCGUAUGUAACCCGAGGUACCACUGUAUUUCCUAAGUAGUAUUGAAACAUAAGAAGCUGCCGCCUUAUUUACAGAGGCAGAUCAAUAGCCCAUGUUGCCCAUAAUUGUUUCCUUUGACACCUAGUGGCCCCAUAAAGGGUCAGGUAGAGGUUUUGUCGCUGCUAUCUGAGGCUCCAUACAUGCUGUAUGUUUAAAGCACAUUCAAAACACAUUUCCACCCCCUCAAAGGACUCUGGGCACUGUAGUUUGUUAUGGAUUGCUGGGAAUUUAACACUGUGAGGGUUAAACUACAGUUCCCAAGAUUCUUUGGGAGAAAGCUGUGUGCUUUAAAAGUAUGCAGAUGUGAUUCUUUAACUGAAGGAAACUGGGACUUUCUAUAUGCAGAGGAAAUGUGCUUAACCACUGAGUCAUGGCAUCUCUUUGUACAUUUCAUUGACUGCAUUUGAUAUUCAGGGAGAGUAUUAACCAAUCUUCAACUAAAGUUUUACAGACCUGAAUUUUCAUUUAAUUCCUAAGCUUUUAGAGUAGAAGGUAUUAUUGUUCUUUGCUAUAGACUGUGGCAUUAUACUCCAGCCUUCAAGUCUGCUAAAGAUAUUCCUAGUGUAUUGCAUUCAAAAAUUUUCUUACAUUAAUUCUUCUAGCUCUGGCGCUCCUUCACCCUUGGGCAAGGUAAACAUUUUAAUGUUAUAAUAGCUAGAUAGAGUUACUCUCUUAACACAAGUGUUUAAGAAAUGUAAAUGUAAAAGAUUUGUUAGAAGCCCAACUGUAUCUUGAUUGAUGUGCUAAUUCUGUGUGCAGGAGGAUUUUACAUGAAUGAGUAAUCAAACCCAGACGUCUAUAGCUGCAUCUUCUCUCUUUCCCACAAACUUAAGUAGUGACUCUAUUUACACAUUUAUUUGGAUCAUGUGGUAAAGGAAAAUCAGGUGCUUUUAUAGGUAUUUGCAAAAUUGGUGUUUUGUAUUUAUUUACUAUAAUUUAUAUUCUACCUUUCUGUCUCAAAUAUAUAUACUUGAGGUGGCUUCUAGAGAACUAAAACAAUAAAAUCAAACACAACAAUAUAGCAGUGUAUAAAUAUUUUUAUAAAUAAAUGUUGUUGGGCUCCAACUCUUAUCAGCCCCAGCCAGCAUGGGCAGUGUCCAGGGAUGAUAAGAACUGAGUGGGCCCAGUGACAUCUGAAGGAAAUCGGGUUGGCUACCCCUUUUGUAAGGCAUGCUAAUAAUUCUUGCUACCAAUCUACCCAGUUAAUGACCCUGUAACUUUUUAUGUUCCUCAUCCCUUAUUUAAAACUGGAAUUAGAAUGGCUAUUAUAGCAUCCUCUGGUAUUAGAAAGCUCAUUUUAGUGACAGUUUGUACAUUUUUGUUGUUGUUGGGCAGUUCAGCAGCUUCGCAUCUGAGUCUUUAAAGAACCUUCCAUUGUUUGCCAGACCUGGUAACAUGUUACAGUGGUACUUCGGGUUAAGUACUUAAUUUGUUCCGGAGGUCCGUACUUAACCUGAAACCGUUCUUAACCUGAAGCACCACUUUAACUAAUGGGGCCUCCUGCUGUUACCACGCCACCGGAGCACAAUUUCUGUUCUUAUCCUGAAGCAAAGUUCUUAACCUGAAGCACUAUUUCUGGGUUAGCGGAGUCUGUAACCUGAAGCGUAUGUAACCUGAAGCGUAUGUAACCCGAGGUACCACUGUAUUUUUAAAUUUGUCAGUUAGCCCUAAAACUUCAUCCUCUUGUCACCUGUUUCACUCUGUUUUUGAGAAUCCGCACCUGAAAGAAACAGUUCAGGAAUAGCUAUAAACUCCCCAACAACUGGUACACUGAAGACCAGUGCAAACAAUUCAUUCAGCUUCUCUUCAAUCUCCCUAUCCUUUUCUAGUAGAACUUUCAUACCAUUGUCAUCUACAUCCCUGGUUACUUACCUCCUUCUGUUUAAAGCCAUUUUUAUUAUUUUGUCUUAAUACUUCUGGCAAGAUAUGCUUUCUCUGUAUGUUUGUUUUAGACUUCGUACUCUUUGUGUUCUCUUUUGGGCAGAUGAUCAUUAUUUAAGGGAAGGUUUCUUGCCUUUGAUAACUUCCUUGGUUUUGCUUGUUGCCCUGCACUGACGUCCUCUUGAACUUAUUUGCAUUUGUUGGGCCUUUUCAUAUCAUGGCGUUUAAAAAGUUGCAAGAAUACUGCUGAGAUUCAACUCCCCUGACACUCCCUUUUUACUAAUCCACUCAUUUAUAGAAAGUUUCCUCUUCUAAAAUGUAAAUGUGAAUAUGUUGGAUUUCUAGGACAGCUUCCCAUUUAAACCACAGAUUGGGUGCAAUGAGGACAUUGCAGUAAACUAUACUUAAUAAUUUUAUCAUUCAUAAGCUAACUAAUUGUGCCCACUUAGUUCUGCUUUGCUAGCACCGGGAAGAAACAUUGUGUUCCUUUGCUUUUGCUUUUGCAUUUUAUCCAUGGAUUGUGUCUAUUUUGCUCCCCAGAAAACAGUUUGUGUCCACCGGUUGUUCUUCGUUUACUUAUUGUGACAUAUCUGAGCAAAACAAACUACAACCUCUGCUGUUAAGUUGGAUCAUGAUUUGUUUCUACUCAGCACUAGUGGAAAGGAGUGGAAAGGGUGUGAUUGGUUUGUGCACAGUAAAGUAUUAAUUAUGGUUUACUGUGAAUAGCUGAGAUCCCUGUUCCAGAAGGCUAUGACAAUCUUGUACCAGGUUCAGGUUGGAUCUCAAGAUUAAGUCUAGACCUGCCUCUCCCUUCUGAGUAGGUUUUAUUACCAAUUUACAGCACAGUCAUUUAUCUUACCUAGAAAUGUUGCAACUGGAACAGUUAUAGAUUAGGUUCUAUUUCAUACAUCAUGCAAAUCCUGCCUUUAUGUUUCUUUCUAAAUUCUGGUGUCAAAAGCCCUAUUCUCUGAAACCAUACACCUGAACACAAAGAACAAACUAUUCCAAGUCUCAGAAUUGUCAAGUUGUUUUUUAUACUUAUAACAGUUUUGUCUGCAGAACUAUUUGAUAAGGGCACAGUUUCAUAUCAGAUGAAUGCAGUUGUCACAUUCUAAAUGUGAAACUGGAAAAUAAUGGCGUUUUCCUGCAAGGAUUGAAGUGGGAGUUUAGUUUCCUCUGCCUCUGUUGAAGCUAUUGUUGUUGGGUUUUUUUUUUUAAAAAAAAUUCUAAGCCAUCAAAUAGGGUGCCUAGUGUCUGGGGGCCAUAUCUUAGGAUUGAAGUGGGAGUUUAGUUUCCUCUGCCUCUGUUGAAGCUAUUGUUGUUGGGGGUUUUUUUAAAAAAAAUUCUAAGCCAUCAAAUAGGGUGCCUAGUGUCUGGGGGCCAUAUCUUAAGUUCCUCCUAGACUGAAGAUAUACAAAGUCUCUUAGAAAAAACAACAACACUUGAGUACAUGGAAGGGGGUGGGGGGAAAGAUUUUACCCGUGGCCUUCAGCAGCAGAGGAACACCGUUGCCUUGAAGAUACGCUGAUCCAUUCCUAGAUGGAUGUUGGCAGGCUUCCAGCUUCUGUCAUGGCAGUGAAAUCUGAGAUCUUGCUUAGCCACUGAUCCCCAGAUAAUAUUGAGCCACUGUGAACUAGAGACCUAAAAUUCAAAGGCCUUUUAACUCGCUGUUAAUAAAGUAACUUCUGUAUCUACUGAAUUUGACACUUGUCUUUUUAACACAUGCUUAUGAUUCCUCUUUAUGGGCUAAUGAUAGAGGAAGUGAAAGUUUGAGAUGGACCUCUUUAUUGGGAGGGGAUUUAAUCACGUUACGCUGCAAGCCUAUUCACGCUUACCUAGUAGUAAGCCCCAUUGAACUUCAUUGGGUUUACUUCUGAGCAGACAUGCACAGGACUACACUGUUGACCUCUUUUUUUACAUUAAAAUACUAAAGAUGCUUUUAAUAUAGCAGCUGCUGAAAAAUUAAGUGCAUGUUGUGUACUUAUGAGUUUUUCUUGUCCAGUCUUCUCCAGCCACAACUGUUACGUCUCCCAAUUCCACCCCGGCAAAAAGUAUUGAUACAUCUCCUCCAGUUGAUCUCUUUGCAACAUCAUCUACAGCAGCUCCAGUCAGGUUAGUUAAGCAACAAAUGAAAAUACAUACUCAUUUAUUUAUUUUUAUUUUUAAAAGUUGUGUUUAAAGAGUGAUGAUAUGGGUAAAGUUGUCUUUUUCGAUAUAUACAGGCAACGACCAACAUGUCAGUGGAGUGCUCUUUCCUAUUCUGGCCCCUUUUCCACCAACCUCCGGGUUGCGGAGAUGUGCGCAUGCAUGGUCAUGAGCCAAUUGGAUGCACAUAGAUUGGUCAUUGCCUGUAUUUUAUAAGUUCUCUACUUCUUUCACACUGUUGGAAAGACCAUCUUAAGCUCAUUGUGGGCAAGCUAUUUCAUAGUACCCAAAGUAUGAGUGUGCACAACUCUUAAUGCAUGCGUCUGACACACACACACAUGCAGUGCUAUCUCCCAAUGUCUUGCUUCUAGUUCCACAAGGCACUGAUCAGGACAGAGGGAUAGCGAAGUCUUCACAAGACUAGUACACCAUUUCAAAACUACACCUACAGCUUUCAUCCUAAAAUUCUUUUCUGUCUUAUUUCUGCAACAGUGCUUCCAAACCCUCCAGUGAUCUUCUAGACCUUCUGCCAGACGUUACAUCUACUACUGCGCAAGCAGCUUCAGCAGCUCCUGCUGGAGCAACUUCAUGGGGAGGUAAAAACUUUCUGAUCACAGACCUCUGAAAACUCCUUUUAGAAUAAUCCUUGAGCCCUGAGCAUUGACUGCACUCUGGCUGUGUUCCUACAUCACACUAAACCAUGGUUUACAAAACUGUGCAUAAGCUGUAAGGAGCAUUGCACACACACCCCGCCCCACUUCUUCUCACACAGCUAGAAGGAGAAGCAUUUCCUUAAGUUUCCUUCAGUGUUGGAUUGUCAUAGCAUGGGAACCUGGGAUCACAAUGCACCACUAACUCAUUAUUUUCUGGUCAAUUGCUUCAGAGCAUUGGUUGUGAAACUGGUUUUCUUAAAAUGACCAUAGUGUAAAGCAACGUUUCCUAACCUGGUUCCCCCAAUCAGUGUGGUCAUAGGCCAGGAGUGAUGGGAUUUGUAGUCCAACAACAUCUGGAGGGCACUAGCUUGGGGAAGGCUGGUGUAAACCAUAAUCUUGGAUUUUCGGGCAACAACAAGCCAGCUUUAAAGGAAGUAAAUGUUGCCAAUGUCAUUGUCUUGCAUACGCAGGAUGGGAGAGCACACAAGCCUAAGACUUGUUGCAGCUCCUGGAUACCAUGUUAAACCAUGGUCUAGCAUGACAUGGAUCAGUUCUGCUUUCAUGGUGUGCAGCACUGGAAACCUGUCAGAACUGUUAUUCUGGGGGGGAAAUGCUGAGCCACUGAUUACUAGGAAAGCUUUUGGAGUAUCUGGAGAAGGGCCUUGACUCACUCCCCUCCUCCCUUAAUAAGUGACAAGAAUCCUUCUUGGAACUAGCCAGCACAAGGGCUAUAUGUUGUGUGUGGUGGCGUUUAACAAACCAAACCUUACUAUUUUAAGAGUGGGCAGAAGGCCACAUUAAUUUUCCAACCCCUUGGAUGAACACCAGCCACUUGCUACUACUUCAGGUUUCUAGUUUGAUAUUGCAUGUCAGAGUGUUGGGGGAGAGGGAUGUAGCUCCCAAAGCUUCUGUGUUUGACUUGUCCCAGGUGGAUCACGUGGCACAUAGAAAUAUUAGUAGUGGCCAAUUGGGCGGGGUAUUGAUAGGUAAAAGACUUUUGCCACCACUGGGUAACAGGUGUAGGAAGAGGUUUCUCAUGCCAGUGGGUGUCUUAUGACAUCACUUGGCAUUGAAUCCAUUAGGUCUGCACCUGCACAUGAUACCCCUGGUAAGGGCGUGCGGUUAUCCUUCUACAUGGAUUGUUGCUUAUAAAAGAAAUCCUGAAAUAGUGCUAGAUGUUCUCACUGUAUCUCGAACCAUUUUUUAGAACCAAUAGGUCCUUUGGAAAUGUAUAUGGAUAGUGUCACCAUUUGAGAGAAGCAUUCACUACUGUUUUCUGUAGCUUUUUUCUUUUCUUUUUAAAGAACACUAUAGCAGCAGCAUUUGCAUGGUAAGGUCUAUGGGAUAUUGAAAAUCUGCCAAAAAAAAAACACCCCCAAAAAACCACUUGAUUUUGUUUUCAUUUUAACAAGGAACUUUGAGAAAGCUCAGACUAGGAGGUCUGGAUUCAGCCUAUCUGUUCAAAGUUUUCAUUAUUCCAUAGUGAAUCCUGUUUCACAAAGAAAACCAUGUUUUGAAAGCUUUCAUUUUGGCAAAUGUACAGCGAAUGAGUGUGGUUGAAUCCAAGGUGGGUCUCUAUUUCUGCUGAUCUCUGCAUAGCCAUUAGUGUAAUAAAACGCGGAUCCCGAAAUGUGUUCUCAUUUUACGUGUGACUUGCCCUAUAACAAGAGCACUAUAUCCCUAGCUAUGUUGAGCUUUAAUUCUCUCCUUCUGUAGAAGGAAUGUGACAUUUAAACCCCGAAUGCCUUAAAUUGUCAUUAAAUAUGCAGUACUCUGGAACCACAGUGGAGGCUGCCAGAACUCAGAAAACCUUCUUACACCUACUGAGAAUAUUAAACCUUGGGCUAUAUGAGCACCCAAAACAGGCAGGAGAUGCAGAACUUAGGUAUCACCUUAAAGGAGUGUAGAUUUAUAAUACAGCCAAUUUAUUGCUGGGCAGGGAGUGUUUUGUUCAACUGUGUGAAUGAAAUAUAAAUUGUGUUUAUUUGAGCUAUGCUCAUGCUGCUUCUUAACAACUUCCAGAACAGCAGCCAUGUUCGUCUACUUGCAGCAAAAACUACCAAGAGUCUUGUAGCAGCUUUUUAAAAUGCUUAACAAUUAAUUAUAGCAUAAGCUUUUGUAGAUUAGGGUCUGCUUCAGACUAAACCUGGUCCCUCUCUGGAAGUUGUUGUCCAGAUGGAAGGCACCAUUUAUCAGUAUAGAGCAGAAAUCUAAUCAAUCUCAUUUAGCUGAUGAAGUGGACUUCAGUCCCUGAAAGCUGGUAGCAUAAUAAAUCAGUCUUUUAAGGUGCUACAAAGUUCUUUUUUGUUGUCGUCGUUGCUUCUAACUGGAAUUUUAGGUCUGAAACAUGAAAGUGGUUUCUAGUGAUACCUAUAAAUUAAAAGCUGGCAUUCUUGUCAUGGUGAUAAACUGGCUAGCAGAUUAUCGUGUCCAUCCACUUGUGUAAGGGAAGGUCCACUUCACAGUGGAGCAUUGCCUUGCACUGUUCACCUCUUCAUCUCCCCUGUGCCCCCAAAAUCUGCUCCAAAAGGUUGAGAGAGACUCUUAUAGGGGCACUGGGGGAGUUGUUGAAGAAAGAGAGGCAGUAGGCAUGUUGCCUAAGAGGAAAAUUUAAAGUGAAACAACUUCUCCCCAGUUUAAUCUACACCCAAAGUCAAGGCUGCACACUUUAUGGCUUGGUAUGCCCAGUGCAGCCCAGCAGAUAUACAUUGUGGUCACCAAGGGUUCAAGGUUGUUUUUUCUUGUGUGGAAUUGGAAAGCAGAGUUUCAGUGAUGCACAUGGCAGAUAAUACACACCUAGACUGCAGUCUGUCUUACAGUGGAGCACCUGUUGUUGUGACCUCUUGUUAAGCUUUCUUCUCUGUGCCUCUGAUGCAGAGAGAAGAGACAUGUUUGGUCAGCAGCAUGUUUUCUUCUGUUUGCUGGCUGGGGUUGAUAGGAACUGGAAUCCAACAAAAAACCAGAGAGUACCACAUUUCCUAGUGCAUCACUGCUUACUCAGACUGCGGAAUAGUUAGUGGCACGAGGAAACAUCUGUAUUGCCUACUUUUUCUUACAUUUGCAUCAUUUCUAUGACAUGGCUUACUGAGUCAGAGUUUGACUGAGCAGGUUCUAAAAAUCCAGGGCUUGUUCUUUAACUCUUUGCUCAUUAACCAUGAGCUAUAGCCAAGAACAAUAAACCUAGCUGUCUGCUUUUGUCCAUUUAGACGGGAAGGGUCAUUUCCAAUUUGAGUCUUUCAAAGCUAACUCUGGUAUCUAAAAGAUGAUGACUUAAAAGCCUGGGUUUGCAAGUCCGGAAGAGAUGCUUUCUUUGGGGGGAGGGGCAGAGCAGGGACGGGACAGGCCUGAACUGUACUCUUUCAAUAAUUUUUUUAUAUAUGUUGCACUUGGCUUGAUCAGUACUUGCACCCAUCAACCUUCGCUGCCUGUUGGAUAGUAACACUUUUGUGUCAUUUCAUGAUGGACUCUUUGAAUGUACUGUAGUUGGGUGAAGUGGUAUUCAUCUUCCCAAGGGUGUUGAAAAAUGAAAUGGUACAUGGGGGAUGAUGCAUCAGAUGAGUCCAGAUUAUUUUUAAAGAUGAAAUGUGGUUGGAUGAAGCUGUGGUAGAAAUGGUUUCAGAGAAGUCUCGGCCACUUAAGUCUUUGUUUUUAGGAGCUUUGGAAAAAAGAAAGCAGACUGCAUCCUAUAAAACCAUAUGCAAGGUACCUGUGGCAUGUCUGGAGUUAGAGCAGCGUCCUGUUGAUUUGAAAUAGCCCCACGCUGGCAGAGAAUGACUUCUGGAUAGCAUGCAUGUUGGCCCUGGCAGUUAUUAUUAACUCUUAUUUCUUUACAUUGCUAUCUUCUAAUGGACAUUGCUGCAGACCUCUUGGGAGAGGGUGAGUAAUGCAUGAUUUCUAACCCCAGUUCCUCCAAAUUGUUAAUACACAAUUAGCCUAGUCCUGCCAUUUCACUCUUUUUUGCAAUGUAGUGUUAGUUUGUUUUCCCCUUCUCUCUUUCUCUCUCUUCUGCUCACUAUUUCCGUUUGAUCUUCAUAUAUGGACUUGUAGACGGUCUGGCUGGGCUUUCCGGUGUUAGUUCUGAGCCGCAGAUUUCAGAUCCGUUUGCAACAGAACCCACUCCAGCUGCUGCAGCUGCUGCUGCUGCUACUACUACUACUGAAAUAGCCCCUGCUUCUGCUACAUCUACAGCUGCCGCUGCUCCUACUUCUGCUGAAGUGGAUCUCUUUGGAGGUUAGUUUCGUCAUUGAGGUUUUUCCUCCCUCUCCCUCCCUCUCUCCCUCUCUCUCUCUCUCUAAAAAAAAAAAAUGAGGAUGAGAAAACAUUGUUGAAACCCACUGAUUUUCAUAGACUCGCUGCAGAACUGACAAAAUGUAAUACUUAUACUUGGAAGCUUCAGGAUAGCCCAGUUUGCAUGUUAAGUUUUCCAAAGGCAAGGUUGCUUUUGGGAGUGAUCACCGUGGAAACUUGAAGUGGGCCAAGGGAUGACAAACACACAAUAUUAAGUUGCUUAUAUUGCUCUCUCUGCAAAUAGCCAUGGGAGGUAGGAAGACCAGGCCACAGAGGAGUGGGAUUCAACCCUUUUCUCCAUGCUGUGGUCCUGACAAAAAUCACCCCACCUCUGAAGCUGCUACUGCUAUGGGAGGAAAGCUCCAUUGGUAGGCAGCAUGUAGCUGCUGUGAAUAAUGCUUGGGGAGAGAAGGGGAAGUGAUAACACUGAAACUAGUUACUAUUAAGCUUAUUGUGGAGAUUGCACAAGCUUUCCAUGUUUGGGACUCUACCACAGACCCGCUGUUGACACAGCAGCAGCAGCUGCUGCUACUAGUACUGUAAAUCCUACGGAUUGUAUCCUAUUCUUGACACAGGAUAAGUUUCAUGCUAAAAUGCGUGCACAGCAGGAAGAGGUAUCAUUGGUUUAUUCCUCUCGUGCAACAUCCCAAAGGCUGAUGGAGUGAGGCUCAGCCAUUCUCUUACCUCGUUUUGCUAUUCUGCUAAUCUAUAUUUCAGAGUAGGGCUAGGUGAUAUCUGGUUUUCAACAUUGAGAUAUAUCACCAGCCAAAUAUUGUGAUAUAUCGAUAUCACAAUAAGGAUAAGGAUGGAACGAUAAAUAAAGAUAGAACUAUGUAGAGGUGAACAGUCGAAGGUUUUUUGUUUUUUUAAAGCAAGCUUUUCAGAAGAAGUACACACACACAAACACACACACAAAGCAUUGUGCAAAAAGAACAAAUGGCUGAUUAGGAGGUUGCUCAGGUGAGCAAAACAUGAUCCAUACAGCAGCUAGGAAAUUGUGUGCCAUUUUCAUCAAUAUUUUGAUGUGGCUUUAAUAUAAAGCUUCUUAAUUACUUUGUCAAAUCAGAACUUUUGAAAAUUGAAAUGUUCUCGGUUAAUUAUUGGACAACUGCCAUACAGUUUGCUGUAAUGUGUUAAAUGGAGACUACACAACUUCAGGGCAAUGAGAACUUGGCAGAUUCCAUUUCCUGUUGCUCUUCUCUUCUUCUUUUGCUCUUCAGUAGUGUGAAAUCAGCUUUAGCUUGGUUCUGUUGCAGUUCAGAUGCAUGUCAACAUGAGCUUUUUAGAAUAGCUGGCAUCAGUAACUUUUUGUGUGUGUGGAGAUGUAUAUUUUUAACAUGAAAAUGCCAUGCCUAAGUUAACUGCAUGUAAAGCUUUUGUGUUUGGACAAAUUGUAACUUAAAACAUUUCCUUCCUUUUUAGGGGUUGCAUGGUACAGUAUUCAGAUUUAGGAAUGCUACUUUGCAAUUCAUAACCCUCCUCUCUUUAAUGUCCCCACAGCCAUGAUUUCUUCAGUUCCUCCUCUUCUACCCUAGUCACUUUGCCUACCCAUCCAUUCAUAGAUGAUGGAUUAGGCUGGGUUCUUGUAUUGCCAUAGAGCAGUCUACAGUGGGUGAUAGUACCAUGAAGGGGAAGGUGGGAAGCAGCUGCCUUCUUCUUCACCAUUAUACUUAGGAAGUAUCAAAUCCAAAACCAGAUGGGCAAUGGAAGUCUUUGAUGCUUGGUUUGUAUCAAGACUUUAAAUUAAAUUGAAAACAAUUUGAAAUUGGACUUGUCCUCUGCAUUCUGCAUAGCGGCAGCAGUGGCGUUGCUUACAAAGGCUAUCCAGAUGGCACAUCUCCUCUCUUUCUGCCACUGUGGAAUUGGCAGUUGGGGAGGAAAUGGUACCACUGUCAGUUGCUUUGUUGCAAUCGUCAAAUGAUCCAGAUCAUAUAGACAGAAGCCUUCACACAUACAGUUAUAUGCAUGGAGUCUCCUUUCUUGCAGACACAUUUAUGUGCAGGUGCCAGGGACUUGGGCUAGUCAGCAUGUGGGCAGAGCCAAUUGGCACACCCACUCCUGUGACUUAUAGAAUGCAUUAGUGUAUCUGCCUGCAUACAGCUACUAAGUUCCCCAUACAGACGUAUCUUGAAUCCCGAACGCCCUGGAACUUGGACAUUUUGGCUCCUGAACGCCGCAAACCCGGAAGUGAUUAUUCCAGUUUGCAAACAUUCUUUUGGAACCUGAAUGUCUGGCGUUGUUUCCAGUUGGCUGCAGAAGCUUCCUGCAGCCAAUCAGAAACCGUGAUUUAGUUUUCAAACGUUUUGGAAGUCAAACUGGCUUCCGGAACGGAUUCCAUUCGACUUCCAAGGUACGACUGUAUUAGAUUAAUCCUGAUAAUGGAAAACAGUCUAGGUUAGAAAAUCCCACACUACUGCUGGAUUAUGACUGUAGAAAUUUUUAGAGUAAUUUCCAUUAUUGCACAAAGGCAUUAUUAGAUACCCAUGGUGUAUGGAUGAUAGUAUGUAAGAAAAGGGUGUCAAACUGCUUAGGACAGUAUAACCAAAAACUGUAAUUAUAUAAUUCAAAGAAGAUGCUAUAUGCUCGGUGUAAGAUUAUGAUUAUUAUUUUUCUAGUAAUUCAUCUCCUUAGGGCGUAGGCUGUAUACGUUGGAAUAUCAGUGUAAUUCAAGUCACAUUGCAAGAGCUAUUUAGAGCAAGUGAACAUCCCUAUUGCAUUCCUAUUGCCAUAAAAUCAGGAAUUGUUGCAGUUUAUUGUACAAAUAGUUGAAGCCUCCUGGCACAGUUUGGUUCCUAAAUCUUAAGAAAUGCCCCAGAUUUAGAAUUAUUGUUCAGAUACGUAUGAGAGAGCUUGACAGAAUAGGACAACGUUAAUGUCUUAAUUACAAUUUUUUAUCCUAAUUGUAUACAGUCCAUUAUUUUGGUCCAUUAUUUUAAAAAAACCUUAUUUUGGUUGUUACAUGAGCAUGCUAUUCAGAACCCUUAUACAAUGAAUAUAUGGUCGCGAUUCGCUAUCCUGCAUAUCUUGCCUGUGACCCUCAGGCUGUCUCUGCAUCCUCACCUACUACAAGUUGAUUGAGCAAACAAAACUACCUGCAACAAAAAACAACAACCCAAAAAACUCAGGUGGGGCCCUCCCCACCAACACCCUUGCCUUUCCAGUUUGUAUAAGGGAAUCUUUUCUAUGCCAUUUUUAACCUGGUUCUUUUUUUUUUUUGUGCUAUAUUUUCUUCUUCUUUUAAUCCUUCUUUAAUUUCUGUUCCUAAAACUGCAUUCAAGAUGCCUUUGCAGCUUCUCCUGGUGAAGCCCCUGCAGCAGCUGAAGGGGCAGCAGCACCAGCUACCCCAACCCCUGUAGCAGCAGCUCUUGAUGCAUGCUCAGGAAAUGGUGGGUUCCAUCUCAUUAGCUAGUCCGUCAUUGUCGUGUUUGUCGUACUGUUGAAAUAAACUACAUGGCAGUAUGUUUCUCUCUCUCUCUCUCUCUCUCUUUCUCUCUCUCUCUCUCUCUCUCCCCCACCACCCUAUGACUUCCUUUAAUCUUUUCUCCAACAGCUUGGGAGGUAGUUCUAAUCUAUCAAGCAGCGCCCCCCCCCCCCGCAAAUCUGUAGACCCCAGAGCAUGUGUAGAGAAAAUGUGGUUAAUUUUUUUCUUUUCCAGUGAAGUUCCCCCCACCCCCUUUUUAACUGAAACAUCCUAACAAUGCUGAACGUUAAAGGUCAGUCAGUGGGUUUCUUCCUGUGGUCACUACCAUAACGUUAUAACAGAGUUACUAUAACUUUAGAAGCUUAAAAAAAACACCUUAUUUUUUAGGGGUGGGGUGGGGAAAGCUGUGUUUAUUUACUCCAUGGUAAAGAUGGUGGAGGCUUAGCUAAUGAUCUUUUGUGUUUUGUGUGUAUGCAUAAUAUAUUAUAUAUUUUUCUCUCUCUGUGUGUGUGGUUUUAAUCCACACUCUGUGUGGUUUCUCCCCAUCUCCCUCCCUACUGAUCCCAUGUAUAUAUUGUGCCCUUUCCUUUUACAAGACCCCUUUGCCCCAUCUGAAGGCAGUGCAGAGGCUGCUCCAGAGCUGGACCUCUUUGCUAUGAAGCCCACCGAGACCAGCGUUCCUGUAGUUACCCCUACAACUAGUGCAGCCGCUUCAGUUCCCGCAACUACUCCUACUCCAGCUGCUGCCGUGGCCCCUCCAACCCCUGCUACUACUGCUACUACUACGGCCACUGCCACUACCACUACUGCUACCACGUCUGCUACUACCACUACCACCACCACCACUUCCUCCUCCGCUCCUACUCCUGCUCUAGAUAUCUUUGGUGGUAAUUUGUUUUUAACUCUUUUUUGUUAAUUAAAAAAGAAUGUUUCUGGGGGAAUUGAUCCUGGAUGUACAGCAUAUGCAAACAAUCUUUUGCACGUAUACUGUUUGUGACAAUUGGAAAGAAACAAAAAAAAAAAUCCAUGUUGGAGGUUCAAAAACUGCCAAGUCUUGUCUCCCAGAAAUGAGUUAAAGACAUGUGUGUUCUUGAUCUUAGAUUUGUUUGAGUCUGCACCCGCUGAUGCCUCUGCAGCACCUAAGCCAGACGCUACUCCUAGCAUAGACCUGUUUGGUACAGGUAAAGAAUAGUACUAUCCUUUCCCUUAAAAACCCAAACUCCUCCUUCUCUUAAUUGCUUUUCUAUUUUGACCAGUAUUUUGUGUGAAGCAUCUCUCUCUGUUUCCAAUCUUCAUUUGUUUUCUACUUGGUUUUUCUUUGUCUUCUGCAAGAUGCUUUUUCUUCUCCACCAACUGGAGCUUCUCCUGUGCCUGAGAGUUCUCUAACUGGUGAUCUCUUAUCUGGUGAGUGUGCUUGUUGCUUUCUCUCACAUGACUUACCACAACCCUUCCCUUCCCAAAUUUGUUUCAAUACAACUCAGUUUGAGCUGCUGAAGAGUCAGUGGUUACUUUCUUCAUCGAUACAAAGCUGAUCUCUCCUCUGUAUGCAUUUUCGUCAAAGUUUGAAGCAACUUGUGCAACAACAUUUCCCAGAGUACUUGGAAAAUUAUUUCCAGGAAGUCCCAUUGGGUUUGAAUCUUACCACCUGCUAUGUGUGGCAAGGACAAUAAAGGUUGCAAGGAAGUCUGGAGAACAAAGAAGUGGCAGUGCUAAGCAGACUCCAUAGAGACCUGGAACUCAAUAGAACUCCUGAUUUAGUGGGCAUGCUUAAGAUCAUACUGCAGAUGUGUCACAACAAUGAUUAGGAUAAGUAGUAGUGGUAGCAUGACUUGGUAGAUACAGGGAAUUUUGGGGGAAGGACUUGUAUAUGCAAAAUUUUCCCUAUGAUAAAAAGUACUUCUUGGGUCAGUGAGUUGAUUUCAUAGAUGAGACAUUAUCACAAGAUGUCAGCGGAGUGAUAAAAUAUAUUUAAAAUCCUUAUGGGUAUCAAGGAAAAAUAAUGUAUGAUAAAGUUUGUAUGUAUAGAAGGUAAAUAGAAAUGGUCAAGGAACUGUUUAUGUGUGUGUGGUGUUAAAAUAGUUGCACUGCUUGCAAAAUGUUUAUUUAAAGUACUAUAGUGGAAAGAACUAAAUUUUGGAUACUGCAUGAGAAAUGUAAAGGGAACACGUGUGCUGAUAUCUCAGAAGUCAAUGUUUAUUUACUGUGUUUUCAUGGAUCCAAGGUAGUUGGAUCUCAUCACUCCUGAUUUGCUUAUACUAAAUAUAUCAUGCUUACUGCAGUGGACGCAUUUGCAGCACCAUCGUCCCUGCCCACUGCCUCCCCAGCUAAAGUGGAGUCUUCAGGUGUGAUUGACCUGUUUGGUGGUGGGUAUUGUUCCUUCUCACCAUUAGAGAACUUCACAUUUCAUUUCAGUUCAGUUCCAUUUCAUUUUUCUUCACUAGAAAUUAAAGUUCCUUAACAGUUUUGUUUGUUACAGUUUUUAUGUUGUUACUGAAUAUGCAUUUAAACUGUUUGCUAUAAAAUAAACCAUUAGCCCUUUUUAUUUAUUCCAUCAUCUCUCCUGAUUUCAGCAACAUUUCAUGCAUGGAAUUGCUUUCUUGCUUAAAUAACUUGAAUUAUUACAUUCUUCACCUACAGUGUGUAUAGAGUGCUUUGCAGUGAUGCUUUUAUCUGGCUUGUGUGGUUUCUAUUUCCAGCUGCCUAAUAUCUUUAAGUAACUAGUAAGGAAUGGAGUUGAGAAACUUUUGUUGAUGUGUUUUCAAAUGGGAGAGAUAUGUCAGUUGAUCCACUUCUGUGGAAUUUGAUACAAAAGGGCAAAAUUGUGGAAGCUUAUCAUAUUUUACAAAUUUGAGAAUCUGAAUUUGACUGUACCUUAAUGAUGCUUUUUCCAUUCAAUGCCUGGAAAAUAUUUCCCUCUAAAAUAAUUGCAUACAUGUGUUUAUUUUCUGUACAAUCAAGCUUUCCAUCACUUUGCCAAUGAUGGCAGGGAGGGAGAGUUUUUUUUUGCAGAAAGCCGAGCUUCCAUUUAGACAGAAAUGGUGAACCUAUGGCCCUCCAGCUGUUACUGGACCAGACUCCCAUCAUCCCUGACUACUAGCAAUGUCGGCUGGGGCUGAUGGGAGCUGGAGUCCAGCAACAUCUGGAAUGCCACAGGUUUCUCCUUCCUUCAGCUAGACUGUACCUAAGUGAUUUGCUUCAGAUCAGCGAAUGCAAACUGGUAAUUCAGUAGGGUGGUAUAGGAUAGCUUUCUUUUGCUUUCUUCUGGAAGAGCUGUGAUCAAAACUUACUAAUAUCCUUGGUGGUGGUUUUUCUACAGCCAUGAAAAAUGGCACUUGUCUUGUUUUGGUAGUCCAGGGUUGUGUGCUUUGCCCCAAACUUGUACAUUAACCUACUCAUUGUUUAAACCCUCUUGCCUUUUAUUGCUGUCUCAUGGAAAUACCUAUAGAUGCUUUUGGAAGUAGUGCUCCUGAACCCCAGCCUGCAACCCAAGCUGCUUCUAGCUCCUCUGCUUCCGCCGACCUAUUGGCUGGUAAUGAAAAACAAUUAUGUGCCAUUCUUAACAUCAUGGUGGUAGUUUUUUUUAACAUAUUUUUAAAUGUUUCUUUACUUGAGCACAGAUAUUGGGUGAUCGCUUACAGAAGCAGCAAGCUUCACUCCAUUUGGUGCAUUAGAAAACAUGACUCUGAGCCAGGGGUGGGGAACAUUAGGCCUCUGCAGUGCUAAAUUCCUUCAGGGUAAGGGAAGUGGUUGAGGACCACCUGCUCAAGUGGGUGGAGUCAAAACACACACCACCUCUGUCUGUCAUGUUCUCUCUCUCUCUCUCUCUCUCUCUCACACACACACACACAGAAACAUCUUAGCUUGCCUUUCUUGGAACGCAGAGAAAAGAGGAAGUCAUUUUUUCCAGUGCUAAAAGCUUAGCUGUAACUCAGUAGAAUUUCACAGGGAAGUAGGAAGUAAUGUGAUGUGAGAAACCUGAUAUGGAGGCCUAGUAAGCCACUUUCAAUCUACAGGCCAGAGAUUUCUCACCACUGUUCUAAGCCAAUAGAAUUGUGUUGCUGCUAGUUCUGUUUAGCCAGUCAGGAUGAAGAAGAUAUUUUUCUCUUCUACUGAUGGCAGUGGAAAGCAAAGUAUUUGCAGAGACAUCAUUUUGACGCUUUUCGUUAGCCUAAAUUUAUUCUAUGAAACGUUUAAUUAAACGAACUAGAGAUUAAUAUCCUAAGAGUCCGCAUGGUGCCAUAGUUAGCAUUAGACUAAGACCAGGGAGAUCUUUUGGUUAAAAUUCCCACUCUCUGAUCAUGGCACCACCUUCACUCACGCAUCACAGUCUGUGUCACCCAGUUGUUCAGAUCAAACGUGGUACAUGUGCUUACAGGAUAUUUGAUGUUGCCCCAAAUUCCUUGAAGUAAAAACGGGAUAAAAUGUAUUUGAAUGAAACAAAGAACAUUAAACAACAACAAAAAGCCCUGACCUGAGAGAGGUUUGGCUGAUUUGAGGCACACAAAAUUAGGGGACGUAGUUAUUUGCCUAAGAUGCAUGUCCAGAACAGAAUUGUCUGCAUUUGCACACCUCUAAAGAGAACACAAGAAAUGCUAUUCCAAGGGUGCCUUCCUGACAAGAACAACAUUUCAUCAAAGCCAACCUUUCAUGUUUAUAGUAUAGAGGCAUCUUUUUCUUGUGGAGGCAGUUCCACCUGGACCUCUAAAACGUAUUGUAGAAAGUCCUUUCCCACAAUGCAUCCAUUUCACGGGCUGCUCAGUAGCAAUGCUCUCUGUUACUCAUUAUUAGUAGCAACGCCAUUAGUAAGUAGCACGUUUACACCAUAGAUGCAAUUGUGCUUGCUUUUUUGUGACUUUGAUUAGGCUUCAGCAAUAACAUAAGUAAAGGCAGAGCUUUUAAAGCAUGAAAGCGGAGGCGCCAAACAUUUAGUUCUUGAUUCAUGCAGCGGCAGAUAUAAAAAGUUGGAAGUGUAGGGAAAUCCAGGCCCUGGGUCUGAAUGUGUCCCUUCAGGCCUCUCUAGCUGCCCCUCAGAAUUCUCCUUAAGUUACACCCCUCAAUGGACCCGAUAGACGUUCUCCUUGAGGGCUUUUGCACAGCCAGAUAGUGCCCUUGAACUCUGAUAGCACCUCUUGCUUCCCUGGUUGAAGGAUAGAGAGGGGUGUGUUUAAUGUGUAUAGAAACUAGCCUACUGUACAAAGCUAAAAUUUGCAUCCAUUGCUCUGCCCACCACUAGCAGGUCUCCCCUGGAAGGCUGCCCAGAGGAUAAUGCAGCCCUUGGGUUGAAGGUGGUUUUCCACCCCUGCUUUGGCUUCUAGUUCUUGAAGGCUUUUAUGGCUUUAUCAGACCCUUAGUAAUAAGACUGACUUAAGCCUUCUUAGCUGUAUUAUUUUGCCUUGCAGCCCAAAGGAAGCACAUUACUGCUUCAGCCCUCUUCCCUUGCCUACUGCCAAUUGUUUAUUUUGCUCAAGUUAAUGCAAUGAGUGAAAAUGGGGUUUAUAAUUGAAAUGUGUGUGCAAAUAUACCCUCCAGCUUAGAUAAUUGCUAACUAACUCAUGGCUGCUACGCAGAUGACGAUGUUUACGAAUUUCUCAGAACUAAUGCACUAGAAGGGCAGUAAAAGGAGUAGCAAAAUAUUGGAGUGCUCUCUGAUUCAGAAAAUGUACCUUGAUAGUACAGUACACAAAUAUGUCAAAAGAGCAGGAUAGCCAUGUGUACCAUAAUGUGUCCGAUGAGAUCAUAUGUCCUUCACUGUAUUAUUCCUAGCUUGGGACACUUGCAGGCUCCAAACAAUGAAUAAAGCUGGUCUAUAUAUUUCGCAAGUGAUUAUAUAAUUAUUAGAGUUUCUUUUUCCCCUAAUGUAGAAUCACAGCAAAUGGUCAAAAGUAACUUUUGAGCUGUUGGCAGUAAGUGUGCAAGCUCUUACAUCAAACCUUAUCUCAGCUCUAAAUUGAUCUUGCAGCAAUUAAGUACUGAAGGGAAGGAAAUGAUACAGCAAGCCACUUUGAUCCCUAAUAGUUUGAUCAGGACAAGAGGGGUUUUUUUAGUAUUAAGUCCUACCAUAAAGUGUUCUGAGAGGAUGGAUGUGCAACAGUCCCCAGUUGUUCUGCUAUGUAAAGCAAGAAAUAGUACCAUGUAUCCAAAAAUUUGCUUUGCGCCUUAAGAGUAUUCAGAUCUGUGUGUGCUGGCCAGCUUUUAGUAGUUAUCUGAUUACUUUCUCAUUUCUCCCUCUUUCAUUUUUCCACAGGUUUUGGGGGUUCUUUUAUUGCUCCUUCUCCUUCACCUUCCCCUGUUACUCCAGCUCAGGCUAAUAUACUACAGCCCAAUUUUGAAGCUGCUUUUGGAGCAUCACCCUCACCUUCUCCUGGCGGCACUUCCUUUGAUCCCUCAGGUGAGUUGGGGUGUUUUGUUUUUGUGAAUUUCCAGAACCAAAUGCUGAUUUCAUUUAUGAGAUGAGAUGCUGUUACAACUCUACCUGAUGUGCAAAAGGGCAUUUAGAAGGAUUUCUUUGGAGGCUUAAAAAUUUCCUGCCUUGUGCUCCUUUGAAAUGGGUAAAAGUUUAGCGCAGUGUAAAUUGAAGCAAAGUUCCUGUCACGCAGUUGUCUUUCGUAGGGUUUAAACACAGAUCAAACCAAAGUCCUCUCUUUGCAUGUGCAUGUUUGUUUAAAGGAAACUCCUGAAACUGCAGACACUUUGUACUGUUUAUUCAGUAUAUGGAUGUGUGGUCUUGCUAUUUUUGCUGAGCCUUUUCCAAGCGUGCAUGGCACAAAAAUGUUAGAUAUAAUGGACUUCCAGGGUGUUCUUCCCUUGACAUAAAGCUUAACCUUUCAUCACUGCUCUGUCGUUUUCUGUUUGUAUCUCUUUCAUUCUAUACUUUCAUGCUGGGGCCUUGCUACAAAUUUGCAAUUUGGGUGAGUUCUGCAACAGAAUAAAUAAAAACAAAAUAUUUUAGUAUUGCUUUGCUUUAUUUGAUCGCUUGUCGGAGCAUAGUGCAAGUCGGCUUACUAACAUUGGCAUGCACAUCUGAUGUGAAUAGGUGUACUCACCAUGUAAUGUUGGUCUGGCUUAGAAAUUGCUACCUAAUUAGGUAUGAUGGGAUGAGAUCCUCUGGGUUGUGGUAUAUUUUUCCAAAUGUGAUAUUUGAGCUGGAAAAGUUAGGCCAAUCCAUGGCAAUAUUAUAUUCUUUCUGAUACCUUCUAAAGCAAAACUUUUAAAGGAAAAAAUAUAACCCACUAUCCUAGCUUGUAGAUGUCAGAAAUGAAAUACUUUUGUGGUUUGGAAAACUUACUGUGCAGUUAGUUUUCCAAUGGACGUCACAAUAGGCUUAUUGAUACUUCUGUCCCAGGAAUUCUUACUACAAGUUAUCUUCUCAGGCUUUCUUACCCUUGUUUAAUGUUGAGCAGGUUUUAUGUUUUCCAAUUUUCUUUGCACCCACAACUAUCCAUUCUUCCUGACACACUUAAUGUGUACUGUUACAAGAACUACCUAGACAAUCCCAAGGAGAAUUGGCCAGAUGUUUGCCAUACAGUAUGCUGAGAUAGAAAUUGGAGGUCAAAAAUACUUGUUAUAGAGAAAUUUCAAGGAGAUAUUCUGAAACUUCCCAUGUUUGCCUGCCAGAAGCAAUAAAACCAUUGUCAUAUGGUGUCCCUAAUUUUCUCUUCGCCAUAUGUAAAAACUAAAUGUGGGGUAGUUUAGAUGUUUUUGAAGGGAGAAAGAUUAAAAAGUUGGCUACAGAGAAUUAAACUUAGGGAUAUCAUAGUUAUUGAAUGUAGUUUAUGAAAAGACUAUCUGAUGGCAAUUCCUUCCACAUCUGCAAUUCUGCAGCAAUCACAAUUCAUUUCAGUAGUUACCUAACUCCAUGCUUUCUUUUCUGGUCUUAGAAAGCUGAUUGGCAAGUGGACUGUGAUACCUUGAAUUCAUACACAAAUAGAGGCCUACUGUCUAGUUCAGUUGUUCUUCCCACCACAAGGAAAAAUGAAGGGAUGGAGUGUGCAAUCCUGAGACCUACUCCUAACCUCUCCCAAGGACUAUCCUGGGGGGAAACAGUGUCCAGACAGACGCCCUGUUUGACAUUUCAGAAUGUAACAAAGACCCCAUAGAAGAUUCUUGUAGUAUAAUAAUACGUGGUCUUGUCUUGAUUUUUUUUAAAACAACAACAACCCAUAACUUCAUUUCUCUUUCCAUCUGAAUUCAUGGUAAUGGUAUUGGAAGCUAAGCAGUGUUGAAAUGCAGGGUAUUCUACAUCUUAAGAGGUUUCCAAGGUAAAAUACUAGUCAUUAUCUGGAUCUCUUCAGAUUAUUCAUUAGAAUAAAUUAUAUACAGGAUUAGAGUAAGAUUCAGUGUGUUAGCCAGAUAGCUUGCAUGCAUGCCUUCCAUUGGCAUUACAUUAACAUUAAAUCUAUGUGAUGGUGGUACUAAGAUCUGUAGUGAUUGUAUGUGUUACGAAGUUCAUGGUUUGACCAUUUUGGAUGUCAGUUGCCUUGACCCAUGUUAACCCAGGCCAUGCUUUACAAAAGAUUGGUGCCCUAAACUACUGCUCUUUUUUAAUCUACAGUGUUUGAUGGCUUAGGUGACCUCCUUAUGCCAACUAUGGUGCCAUCUGGUCAACCGCUCUCUGCUUCAGGAAUAGCCGCCUCUUCUACUUCAGCUGCAACCAAAGGCAUUGGAAGUGAUCUUGAUUCCUCUCUCGCAAACUUAGUAGGGAGUAAGUUUGGGAAACUUCAGUGCUUGGAAGUGGGUUUCGCUUUGUUUUUUUCGGUGACCCAUGGUGUAUCAUACUAAUCAGUUGGACAUGAUUUACACUCAGUGUGCCUCUGUUGUGUAUCUCUUCAAUAGUUAUUGCAGAAGGAUGUGUUUCUUCCCCUAUAGGAAGACAAAGUGAUGAGGUUUUCAUUUUCUGUGUGACAGGAAAUUCCUGUUCUUGUCCUGAACUUGUGACACUGAAGCAUAUACAACACUUUUUAUAUUGCUGAGUUGGCUCAAUUCUACAAGUUAAGCAAAUCACUUGAAGACAUUUUUUAAAAAAUUAGAUAGUAAAUGGAAGAAUAAUAGUUCAAAUAAAAUUACUCACAUUCCUAAGAGUAGCGUUUAAAGUGAGAAGUAGAAAAUUAAAUUUGUGGUUUCAUGGAUGGCCAGUAAAUGCUACCUAAAAUAAGCAUUGAUUUCUGGCUUUACCUUAUGCUUCAGAGAUUAACACUCAGAUGACAGUAAUAAAGGCCAUGUGUUUGCAUGAAGAUGCCCAGAACAGAUAGGAUUAUGAAAUUGCAUCUCAGUGUUGCAUCUGUCCUUGAAUAGUGUGAGAAACCUUUUUGAUAUAUUGUGCGUUAUUUUCAUUUCAGUCACUUUUUUAUAGCUGAAUAAAUGCUGCUUAAGUCUGUUGACCCUUAAUGAUUCAAUGAGCUCAAAAUUGCAUUCAUUAGUCAGUGGUUUCAUUAAGUCAAGAAUGGAGAACCUGUGGCCUUCCAAAUGUUGAAUCCCCUUUCCAAUCAUUCCUGACCACUAGUCAUGAUAACUGGAAAUGUUGGGAGUCCAACACCAUCUAGAGGAGAGUUUCUCAAACGUGCAUCUCCACCUGUAUUUGUACUACAAGCUAGGAGGACCAGUGGUCAGGGAUGAUGGAAAUUGUGGUCCAAACCUCGAUCUAGAGAGUCACUGGUUCCUCAGAACUGCUGCUAGAUGGCAACUGAACCAAUUCUCCAACUCAUAAAGCUGUCUUAUACCAUGUUCCUAUGUAUCAAAUGAUCAGGCAUAUUUUGGUCAUUAUAAGAACUGUUGAAAUAGAUGUUGAUAUCUUUAUAUGCAAGUUGGGCAAAACUGUUUUCAAAUUACCUUUCCAUCUUUGCAGAUCUUGGAAUUUCUGGUACAACAUCAAAGAAGUAAGUAGCUAGUAAAAUCAAAAUUCCAGACAUGAAUAUACUGUACUUUUUACUGACUGACUUUGCAUUUGUGGUGCUUCUAUUUAUUAGUAAUAUUUUUAAUGAAACUUCUGCUUCUGCUUCCCUAUAAACAGUGGCGGAGCUUCAUGCUCUGGCACUGGGGAGCGGAGAGCAGGGCUGGCGCGUGUCCUGGGGGUGGGGCACGCCGGCCACGGGGGCAGGGCGCCCGGGGGGGGCAGCCACAAUGGCACCCUACUGGGAUUGCGCUGCUGGGGGCGGUGCACUCCCCUCACACUCCUCUUGGUUAUGUAUUCUUUUAAAUCCAUUCUUUGGAAAGAUGACAAAAAUAGAAUGGUUCUGUCAGUAAAAACCUGGUCUCUUAUGACAGAAUGGACUGCUAGAACUUCUCUCCACAGUUUCAUAAGUGAAAGCUUUAUGAAUUGCUGUAUUUUCCAUUGCAUACUGAAGAUUAAGGAACAUUGUACAGGCAUACCUCAGAGGUGUUGCGGGUUUGGUUCCAGACCACCACAAUAAAGCUAAUAUUGUAAUAAAGCGAGUCACACACACACAAAAUUGUUUCCCAGUGCAGGUAAAAGUUAUGCUUGCAUUACACUGUGGUCUAUUAAGCCAGGCCCCCAAGGCUGCAGGGGGGGGGGAGGGAAACCUGACUCCAGCACUAUGCCAGCUGCACUCCCAUGGCCAGAAAGUGGCAGCGGUAGCAGGAGGCUUCCUUCCACUGGAAGUGGCAGGCUGCCUACAGCUGCACCCGUCUCCUUUUAAGGAGCAAUAUCUGCAAUAAAAUGCAAAGUGAAGCACAAUAAAAUGAGGUAUACCUGUAUUUCAUUUUGUAAUCUAAAAGCCAGUAGUAGUGCAAAUCUAAACAUUACUUUUGUUCCAGCCCAAAAUAUUGCACUAUUUCCAGUUCUGUCCCUUAGCGGGUUGGUUGAUUGAUUAGCAUUCAAAAUCAUUGUCUGUUUUAGGGGAGAUCUUCAGUGGAACGCAGGAGAGAGGAAGUUGACAGGAGGAGCCAAUUGGCAACCCAAAGUAGCACCUGCAACAUGGUCAACUGGCGUUCCUCCAAGUGGCCCAAUGGUAUGUAGUGUUGCUGAUACUUCUUAUUUUUAGUGAAAUGCAUAUGAAUUGAUCAGCCGUUUCAAUAGACUCUGCCACAAGCAAGAGCUUUGUCACCCUAGAAAACCAUUAUUACGGGCUGGAUUGUCUGAAGUCUGUUUACACUAACGUUAGAAAGUUUAGGAAAUGUAUAUCCCAUCCUACUAUUGUUUAAAUUAUGUAGUUAUCUUAUCAUUUGUUCCGGGAGCAUAACACUUCCUUAGUGUUUGAAUGAAAGCAUGUUUUCAAUUUAUGCCUCCUGUACCUUUAGUAUAAAUGCUUUUGUUCACUAUACCCAACCUUACUUCAGAGAAUAAUCCAGAGUGCUAACAAACCAUGGGAAGCUAGAAUAUUUGUUGAAAUCACUGUUGUUAAUAGUGUUGUUGGUUGUUGUGAAACAAUCCACCACCUUGGGACAGCAGUCUGAAAUAUAAAAGCUUUCAAAUUAAACAAGAAAAUAUUCAGCCAAUAUUCUAAAACAGUAAAGAGACAGGGCCUGGCAAAUCUCAAUUUAUUCUGUGGGGUAGGCACCACUCCAUAGAAAGCUCUGCCUCUGGUUGCUGCCCACUGCCUGACUAGCCUCACAGGGCUGCAUAAUCUGAAACAGAGUGUCCAGUGAUGAUCUGGGGAAGAACAUAUGGGAGAAACCGUUUGUUGUGGUCCCCUGCCCCCAAGUCAUUUAAGGCUAUAAAGCACCUUGAAUUGAGCCAGGAAAUGAACUGGCAGCCAGUGCAGUAAAAACAAGAUAAGCAUGGUGUGAUCAAAAUGCCUAGCUGCAGUAUCCUAGUGCCACAUUUUGCACCUCUUGUCAUCACAUGGCGACAGUAUGGCCAGUUCAAGACCCAGCAUGUUUCAGAGUUCUAGAUUGUGGCAGUUUAGUGGAAAGGGGUUGCACACAAGGUGGGAACUGGGGCCAAAGUCACUGUGUUCGGAUCUGGCUAUGAGCCUGUCUGCUUGAGAAACAAGUGAAUAACGUAGAGAAGUUGAAUAUUUUCAAAGGUAGCUCUGAAUAAACCCAGAACUUUGUGACAUUCGACAAACUAAAUUGAUGACUGUAUGUUAGGUUUUUUUUAAUUGUAUAACUGUAAAUCCUUGAGACUUACGUGAAAGGCGAAUUAACAAGGAAGAGGAGGAUAAUUGCUGGAUGACAGCUUUUAAUACAAUUAAUCUGUCCUGUGUUGAUUUAACUUUGGCAGGAUGUGGAAAUGGCAGGAUGGGCUUCUGUAACGAGUGUUGAACAGUGACUUAAUGUUGGAAGUGAGUGUGUGCGUGCGUUCAUAUCUGUAUAAUCUGUAAUCAGUGUCUGGUGUUUGUUAUUCUGGUUUCUAGACAGGAUCUGGAGCUCCAGCAGGUGCUGCCCCUCCUACAUCAGGUGCCCCCCCUGCACAGCCUGCACCAGGAUUUGGGAUGGUGAGCGACAUUUAAUAAUAGAGAUUGCAUUUGAUCAGUCAUUUUCAUAAAAAACAAAACAAAAAAAACAAUGACAGGAAGGAUUGCCACCACCUGCCACUUAACCUUUGCUUCCUUUUUAAGUUGCUUAUGGCCAAGGCUUGUAUAUUUUGCCCUUUUUUUAAAAAAAAAAAGUCAGCAUUCAGCAGAAGGAAAAACAGAAGUCAGCCCACAUUACCGUUUUUGUAACCUUGCUUAACUUGGAUAUUUUGCAUGCUUCUGGAAGGAGCAAGAAAACUAUGCAGAACUCUGAAGCUCUGCCCCAGGAAUCUUUUUUUUUUUUAAUGAUAUUUAUUGGAAUUUCACAUGAAAAAACAUCUUAAUAAAAAAGAAAUUUAGAAAUAAAAAGAAAGAAAAAAACACCAUACAAGAUACAAAAAGAAAAAAGAAAAAACAGUUAAAAACAAUUCCGUCUUUUCAUCACAACUUUUACAUUUACUUAUUUCCCGGACCUCCUCAUACCUCCCUCUUUUGUAUUCCGAUUUAAUUUGUUUGUCCAGCAAUUCCUUUUCCUCCUUUUUAAUCCCAUCCUUAAUCUUAAUAUAAUAUAAUAACAUUUCCUCGGUCCUGCCUUCUUAGUUUUCAUCAGACAUUUGUCACACACUGAAGUUUAUCAUUUGAACCUUGAAGAGCAGGAACACGUUCCCUUUAAAAAAGGAUACAUCUAAUGCCAAUUGAUGCACCGAACACCAAUUUCUAUGCUUGUCACUGCACAAUACACAGUGCACUGCAUAAGGAGUUUGCUGGGAACAGAUUACAAAGGGUGUUGGUCUUCAUCUGGUUGGUUAGGACUCAGUAAUGGAUUACAGCCUGAUCUAAGGUGGCAGCACUACCACCAUACAGAUAGAUAGUAGUAGAAGAAGAAGAAGAAGAAGAAGAAGAAGAAGAAGAAGAAGAAGAAGAAGAAGAAAAUAAGUCCCACAAUGCAUGCUUGGGUUAAAGGUGAGUCCCAGGUCUGAAAAAGUUGACAACUACUGGCAAUAGGGCAUACAACCUACCUGAAGUGUGCAUUGUUGUUGUUGAGAUUUGAUUUUUGUAUAGUGGAAAUCUGGCACACUCAUUGGACUGUGCAUACCUGAAAGGAUGGAGGCUAGCAGUACCUGUCUUGCCAAGAUGUUGUCAGUCAGCUAAGACUCAAGCUUGCCUUGUUUGUACUGCAUGCAUCAUUCAUUGUUCUCUUAAUACUUCCCAGCAACCUCCUGGAUCAGGUGUCCCAAUGAUGCCACAGCAGCCAGUUAUGUACGGACAGCCUAUGAUGAGGCCGCCAUUUGGAGCAGCUGGAGCAGCUGGUGCACAAGUAAGGGCUAACAAUUUCUCUCUUGAAGGUCUUUUUUUAUUAUUAUUUUUUGAGCAGCUUAGCUUUUAUGUCUCCUCUUUUGACCUGUGACCCUCUCCUGUAUUUUCAGCAAUUUACCUUUUAAACUCCUUUGAGUAUUUUAAACAUUUAAAUUAUUACUGUCGUACCUUGGAAGUCGAAUGGAAUCCAUUCCGGAAGUCCGUUCAACUUCUAAAACAUUCGGAAACCAAAGCUCGGCUUCUUGAUUGGCUGCAGGAAGCUCCUGCAGUCAAUGGGAAGCCUUGUCGGACAUUUGGCUUCCAAAAAAAGUUCAAAAACUGGAACACUCACUUCCGAGUUUUGAUCGUUCGGGAGCCGGAACAUUCGACUCCCAAGACUCCCCACGGUACGACUGUAUUACAAUAUAUUUUGGCUUCCAUGCAGAGCAGUUGCAUUUCUGCAGUAAUACAAAAUGCUUGCAUGCCACUUUCCUUUAGCAGAAGAAAAUGGGUUUAUCGCAUCCAUUUUCUUUUGUGAUUGUAGUUGCUAUCCUCAAUACAAGUUAGGUAGAUAAAUCAUCAAGUAAAAAAUAUAUAAAUAGUAAAAUGCAUUAGUUUGUACUCAACAUCAUCAAACUGGAGAAGAUAAAGUUCCUUUCUAAACAAAACAGCGUUCUGGGUCAGGGAGCUCCAUGAAGCAGGUGCCAUGUUGGAAAAGGCCCUGCCACCCUCCUAGAUUAUACUUCUAUUACAAGGGAGCACUAAAGCAGGAUCUCUGUUCCAAUGGCUGGAUUAAAUGUAAACUACUGAAAACUUCUUCUGUUGGAUAUAAACCACUAUCUCCUCAUUUGUCUUCAAACUUACCUGCCAGUACUGACUGCAGGAAGCGCAACUUAAGUGCAGAAGUAUGCCUGCUACAGUGUGUUCCAUCCCUAGAUAUGCUUAACUUAAAAUGUGUCUAAAGUAAGUUACAUCUGUGGGACAGGUGUAACACUGGAAUGGUUUUCAUCUUCAAUCUAUUGCAUCUUAAUUUUGUUCGUACGUGAAUCCUAAUAUUUAUCUUACCGUUGUCCUUAUACUCUUCUCUUCUCUUCUCUUCUCUUCUCUUCUCUUCUCUUCUCUUCUCUUCUCUCUCUUUUUUGUUUGUGUGUUUGUUUCAUGCUCUUCUUGACUGAUGGGAAACCCGUUAAGCUCUCUCCAAGUCCUACACCUGCCACUCAGAGUCCCAAAAAACCACCAUCAAAGGACCCAUUAGCGGAUCUUAACAUCAAGGAUUUCUUAUGAACUGUUUAAGGUAUAGCAUUGCUGGACCUAUUUACUUACUUGAACUUGCUUUUCUGGCAUUUGCUUAGGUGACUGAAGUCAAAUAACUAAUUUUUCUUAAGUUUGGAAGGUUUUAGCAGUGGGCUUCCAAAUAUUACUGGUUCCUUGUGCAAUGCCAACAUUUGGGUGCCCCCAUGUCUCUCUACUUCCAUCCCAAGUCAUUGUUUAUUUUAGAUCUUAGAAUGAUUUAUGUGGAAAUUAUUCUGUUUGGCUGUGUAUUUUUUGAUGUUUUAUUUAUUGUUUAUGACUACUUUUGUUAUGUUGUAAAUGUAUUUUUUCAUGUUGUAAGCCACCUUCAGCAUGGUUUGAACUAUGGAAAGGUGGCAUACAAAUAAAAAUUAUGUUUGUAUCUUGGUAAUGCCAGAUCAUGAAACUAAUUCAGAUGCUUGUUGCUUAGUUUUUCUCUUUUGCUCUCUCUCCCUCCCUUCCCCUCAACCUCCACAGCUGUAGUUUUCUGUCAGGAUAA